AUGGCUGAAAGAUGGAGACCUUCUCCGUCGGUCCCUUCUCUCAUAUUUAGUCUGAGCUUUGUUUCUGCUGUCCGGUACCAACAGGCCACUCUACAGCCAGCAUACUCAUCUUCCGCUAGAUGGUAGUCAGACAUCACUCUUCCGCCCUUUCAUUGUUCUUAAAACCUACUUGAACGCGCUGUAUGUGUGGAAUGAUUACCCCACUUUGUGGACAUAGAAAGUCCAAAUGUAGACAGUGUUUUGCACAGACGCAAGAUCUGAACAAUUGUGAACUCGCUGCUUUAGCCUGCCCCUCCCCAUUUUUUCUGAAAACGAAAGCAUUCAACCACUCUGAAGAUCCACGGUAGACGAGAGAGCAGCGCCUCGUGUAAUUUGGAGGGAAAUCAUCUUUACAGUAAGUGUAACUUGUUACGUUAGUACAGCCAUGCGCAGAUAGUCGUGCUCUUUGUUUAGAGCUCUUUUUCUUGUACUGCACUUUACUUUUUUGUUGUCGUUUAAAGCGAUCAGGUGAGCUAGGUUAUAUCUGAACAGCCCACGUCAGGAUGUAAAGACUCAAAGAGGGUUAAGUCAAGAAUGACAUGUUUUCUUUUUAUGAUAAGAUGUUCCUUUAAUUGUCCCACAGGGGGAAAUUCCAAAAUUACAGCAGCAUAGUAUAGCUACAAAGCAGCAUAGUAUAGAUACAAAAAAUACAAAAUUUGAAAGAUAAAGAAAACUUUGAGCUAAAACGAAUUAUGAGCAUGCGUCAUAUUAACCUCUGUAAGGAAUUUACAUAAUAACAGGGUUUAUUGCACAUUGUGUUUCCUGUUGUGGAGUCUAAAGGCUGCAGGGAGGACUGACCUGCGAUACGUCUCCGUCUAGUGUUUCGAUCGCAAACGAUUCUUUCAAAAGAACCGAAUCUUUUAGGUGAACGUACUGAACCGAAUCACUUCCUCAAGUGAUUUGUUCGUUUCUCACUUAGGUUGAGCUGUAGUGAGAAACAGCAUUACCAGGUCAGCAGCCGGCAAAUGAGGGACUACAUGCACCGACUACUGAAUCACUUAGUGAAUGAAUCACGCAUUGAAUUACACUCUGGAAUCAUUUUUGUUGGACAAAACUUCCUUUUUUUCACUGCUAAAUUGCCACAACCACUUGCAUACAAUAGGACACAGGAUGUAACAAGUAGUGCAUUAAACCUGCAGCAUCCUAUCAGUGCAGCGGUUUGUGAGGGAACAGUGCAUGUUCAGUGUGAAUUCUUCGAAACGUACAGGGAACAAAUCACUCACUGACCCCAAUUUACGGAGCAGACCUGAUAAAUAGCAUACCAUAGGACAGUACACUUAAAACAUCAUGACUUAUGAACAAGUUCAUUUUUACAAACCUGUUUGCCAAAGCAACACGGCUAAACACUCUUGUCUCCCGGUCCUAGAAGCUAUGAAUUGAACUGAAUCCUGAACUGUUCAGCUGUGUAUCAGUUCAGGAGGUCAGAGUUGCAGGCCUCUCCUGCUAAAUGAUUUAGGGAUCUUUUGAACGAAUCUUUUUAGUGAACUGAUUCUAAUGAUUCAAUACAUCUAAAAGAACUGCAGUGCCCAUCACUAUCUCCCUCGCACACUGUGGGUGGAGCACCCUGUCCCUUAAGGAGCUCCUCAGCGCACUUAAGAGACAGGACGCUCCACCCAAAGUGUUUAUCUAAAGCAAUGUUCAUAACAACUUGGUUAAUAUCACUUUUGGUGUGAUGCCCAAUAAGUCCAUAGACAAGGAGGCUGUCUCUCUCUUAAGUACUCCAGAGAAUAAGGGAAAAAAAGAGCUAUUAGUAAAAGUUUUUUCCUUUUUACCUCUCAUUUGUCUUUAGGUUGCAUCCUAGUUACGCAGCGAUAUUACUCAUUAGACAUGUUACAAGGCAUAUAACUCACUGAAACUGCAUUUAAGUUAUGAAGGGUCUAUUGAGUAAGGGCUAAGAUAUUAUCCGUUGCUGUAAUGACGUACUUACACAGACUGACGCAAACCUGAAGAGCAACUUUAGAGAUGAAGCCGUUUACAGUCUAUGGGUGAAGCCAAAACGGAAGUGCUCAAAACCACAAUCCAAACUAAAGCAGACUUUUACAGGUAGUAUGAGCAUAGUUAUACUUCACUGCCCCCUUUCUGUAUUUACACACACUGUGCAGAGGGAGUUUUUUUUUUUCCAAGUAAUUAUUUUGAAGAUUAUAAAGUUCCAUGUUUUGCACAAUUAGAGGCCCAGCUGACUUGGAGGAUGAAGACCGCAACUCUGCUUUUUUUACCUGUUAUUUAGUUGACAAUGGUCAGGUUGAGUUAGCAUUUUGAAUACUGUUCCCGCCAUUGAUGGGCUUUGAAACCCUGCUUCAGAAACCAAUGAUUUUACUGUAAGUUUGUUUCAUUCUGUGUCCUUUCUGUGUACUUGUUUCUGUGUCAGAUUCAUCAUGUCAGCCAAAGACACAUUGACGGGUAAAAAAGCAGUCUUAAUAGAGACUUUGUGUGCAGACCACACAUUAAUCCUCACCAAAAUUCAUGAGAAGGACAUGAUCACUACACGUGAGUACAACAACCUUAAAAGUAUCAACAAAGAAAAUGUGGAAGGACACGUUGUGGAGCUGGUGGAUAAGAUCGUGAAUAAAGGAGAGGAGACAUGCCAAGAUUUCUUAGAGCUGCUGCAGACUGAUGAGGACAUCAAAAAAACUUUCCCCAAGCUGAAGAACAUGGGGCUGAAUGUCCCCAGCCUCUUACCCAUGCCUGUUCAAGCUUGUUCAAGUGGUGACAGUGGUAGGUUAACAUACACCAGUGUCUUAUUCAAAAAGCUAAGUGAACAAUGCCACGUAAUUUCAGGCUGUGAGGUGUAAUUCUGUGUUAUUCUGAUUUCUUCAGGUAAUCUUUCACCAGAGAGCAAGGGCCAGCAAGUUCAGGUGAGGUCAGGUGUCAUUCUAAUACAUGCUUGUAUUAAACUCUUAGCAAAAAUAAUGAAAAGGGAAAGAUUUUCUCUAAUGCAUUUCAUUAUGUGUUUGUUUUAAGGAUGAACAGUAUAAGCUGAACAGCAAGCCAGUUGGUGUCUGUGUCAUAAUUAACAAUGAGACCUUUGAAGAUGGGCAUGUGAGAUUGGGAACCGAAAAAGAUGCUGGUACGGUACACAAAAGAUAGACAGUUUUUUUUUCUCUUUAUGAGUUUUAAAGACUGACUUUUUAAGGAUAUUUCUUACAGAAAGUCUGGGAAAGGUGUUCAGCUGGCUGGGCUUCAGGGUGCUGAUGUGUAAAGACCGAACCGUAUCCCAGAUGUAUCAGGCUCUGAUACACUUUGCCUCUGACCUCUCAGACCUCGCUCAGCUGGAGAAGCUAGAGGUCCAGGAGUGGUCUGGUAAGAGUUUCACUACUCUCCAGGGAGCUGUCAAGCAUGGUGAUGCAUUCGUCUGCUGUGUUCUGAGUCACGGCAGAAGAGGCGAAGUCCUGGGAACUGAUUGGGAGCCUCUUCUUGUCAAACAAAUCACUGGAACUUUCAGGGGGACGGCCCAGUCACCUCUCACUGGAAAACCCAAAGUGUUCCUGAUCCAGGCCUGCCAGGGAAGUAAGACUCAGAGAGGAGUGUUAUCAAAAGAUCUGCAGGCUGAUGAUGGUCAGCCACUUUACAUCCCUGAAGCAGCUGAUUUUCUUGUGGCAAUGGCCACUGUUGAAGACAAUGCGGCAUUCAGAAACACAGACACAGGGAGCUGGUUCAUACAGUCUGUGUGUAAGCAGCUCCAGGAGGGAUGUCCAAGGUAAUGUUCCGCAUAAGUAUUCCUCAUAUCUUUCUUUCCAGCUGAAAGUCAUUUAAAUUUUGGGUAAUUACAUGUCAAAUCUUUAUUGUGUAUCACCUUUGAUCAAUCAGUAAAGCUAACAAACACAAAGACUUUAAGAAACCUGUUAUGGGACACAGCUCUAAAUGACCAAUUUCACAAGUGACAGUUGACUUUUCAGACUUCACGAGCAAUUAAUUCACCUGCAAAUUAACAUCCCAAUACUGAGAGCAUAUUCAUUUGAUAACCUACAAGGUAUGUUCAGACAGCAUAUGCAUACUGUCCCCUACAAGAUAGUGUCACCGUUAACCAAAGAUUAACACCUGCUACUGUUGUAUGUCAUCUGUCUGUGAUGUGUAGAUGCAGAAGGAUGCCUCAGGACACUAGCUUGCUUGUAUAAUAGAAAUUUAUUACAAAGACAACAACAGUGUCAAAAUUGUACUGCAGAUGCUGGGAGACAACUGCCAAUGAUGUCCAUCUGCUAGAACUCUGUUUCUUCUCCUCUUAUAUUGGAUAAAGUGGUGCAGGUCCUCUAUCAUUCCUUUACAAUCUGAUUUAGGACUAGCUUUGAUCUGUGACCUGUAAAGCAUCAACUGCUAAAGGUAUUUGAUCCAGGAUCCAUUACAGGAACACAACAAAUGCCAUAGAAGCUUUUCUGGGGAUUCCUUGGAAACAUCCCUUGGCAACAUUAACUUUGCCUCAUAAUGGUUAACUCCACUCUAACUUUUCACCCCUUCAGGAAUUACACCAAGUUUUAAGUUACAACACCAAAUAUAGAAUCCAAGAAUGUUACGGUAGACAUCUAACAUCAUGUUAUAGAUUACAUUAACGAACACCUUGUAAUUCUGCUUUACUAUUGUGAAGACAAUGAAAAAGUCACUUCCCAGUUAGCUGAAACACUAUCUGGAAAGUGAUUGGAUGUUGUUAGCUUAAACUUUAGCUGUUGUCUGAUUUUGGCCUGCAUGCAGUGGUUUUAAAUCAAAACGGUCAAAUUCCACUUAAGAUUUCAUACUUUCACUAUAAAAUCUACAGAAGUGAAAUAACAGUUUUAUACACUCUAUAUUUGUAUGACUAACAGUUUGAAACACAACUGUACAAAAGUAUCUGACCCUCCUACCCUGAGCAUGACACCAGAGGAAAUUGACCGGUCGAGAUAGUUGUAUGGUCUUAAAACUAAUUUAUAUAAAAUAAAAAAUAUUCAUGAAAAUUAUUUCAAUCCAUAUCCUGUAGUAGGUUCAUAUUCUGUUAACUCAACAGAGAGUACUGAGAUAGUAAUGAGUGGCUUUGUACUGCUGAUUGUUUCAGGGGUAAAGACCUCAUCGACAUCCUCCGGAGUGUGAACAGUGAAGUCAGUCUACGAGUUAAGCAGAUGCCUGAAGUCAGAUUCACCAGAUUCAAGAAACUUGUGCUCUCUCCACAGUGAAGGUCUGUCAAAGUAAAGAUGAUUUUUAUCUGCUGAAAGGAUGUGCGAUAAAUUUCAAGGAAGGGCAUCUCCGAAUUUGCCCUACCUGUUUUUUUCCUAUCAUUUAUAUCUUUUAUUUGUUGAUCACUGCUUUAACAUUGCACGCUUUUGUCCUACAGUAUGUAAUCAACUUAAGUGGCCUAACAUUUUCUUUGAAUGAACAGCUUUUUUUAACCUUUGUAAACUCUUUAAUUUUUCACUUUGUAAUCACUUAUUUUUACAAAAAAAAUUACACUGAAUCACUGUAUUGAAUCCAAAUUGAUUUUUAAAGAAUAAAUAUACUUUCUGAUGACUGGUGAGUCAAUGUUUUUGUUGGAGGUGAAUUACCGCAAACUGUCGCGGAGACUGGUAACAUUUGCGUAACACAAAAAUGAUGGCAAACGAAGUUAGUUGUAUCUUAACAUGUUCAGUUAUUCACAGCCAGCACAGCUAAGUAAGCCAAUGUGGCAGAGAAAGGGAGGAUGCUGCCAGGAUCAUAACCAUGCCGUAAUGACUGGUUUCUUUUUUAGUUUUAUAACUACUGGUAAGUAGUUACAUGAGGGGAAAAAAAUGAUUAAACAUCCAAUAACGAGAAAGUAAAUACGCCUAUUUGUUUGGCCAAACUGGGAGUACAUGCUUUGAGAUUCGGCUGCACACAUAAAAGUGUCUUUACGGCACUGCAGCGUUGUUGCCAUAACAACUUGGAAUCGUCUUGGAUUCCCGUAUGGAAAAGGAGGCUACAAAAAGAAGUGCAGCAAAAGGGCUUAUUACAUAGGCUAUUUUAAAUGGGCUCAUAUUCUUGGCAUAUGGGUAAUGAAACCAUUUAGUCAGAUGAUACUGACUGUCCAGUUUGCCUAACUACAUUUUUACUGGCUUAUCAUUGUUUUAGUUGGGUAGAGCCUGCGCAAUAACUUUAUAAUUGCAGAAUGCCAAGGAGAAUCAAAAACUUCUGCAACUAGAAAAAGGUCUCCAAAAUCCCACUAGCGAUAGGUCUCUGUUGAUCACAGUGUAUGUGCGAGUGCCCUGUUGUAUACGGGUCAAUGAUGUGACGCCUAAAUAUUCUGUCCAGCCGUUUUUUCUUUAAGUUACAAAGAGGUUUAAAUGUAAAAAAAUCAAAAAAUACUAUCUAUGUGUAGUAUCUCUCUUAUAUGUGUAGUCACUUCAACUUUUCAAAAAUCAGGAGUUAUUUGUAAUUUUUCUGAAUCUUAAAGUGUCAAAAUAUCAUGUGGUGCGACCGUCCAGCCAUGACUGCUGCUUUGAAAACUUCUUUGAAAUUACUCUAAAUCUAUUACAGUUUAGUUUCUGCAAUAUUUGGCAUGAUUUUCAAAGUGUUUUGUAUUCCUGUACAAAACUGCAAAGCUUUUGCAGUUAUAUUUUUUUCAUAAUAUACAAAUACAUUUUGUCUGAUCAUGUCCAUUUCUAAAUAUCAUGUGGUGCGACCAUCAAGAAAUGACAAUUUUUGACACUUUUAUGCUGAAAUCUACUCAGUACAGGAAGUUGCAUCAUUCACCAUUCUGUCAUAGAGCUAUGGAAGCAGAAAGAGGGUUGGUGGUUCUCUCAUUUAUUUAAAAAAAAAAAAAAAAAAGACAUUUUCAACUGCUGUAAUGGCUUUGCCAUAUUUGGAUAUCAUGUGGUACAACCUCAAAAAAACAAUUUAAGUUAUUUCCACAAAUAUGUAUUUUAAUUAUAUAUUUCAUAUUGACCUUUUGUGGGAAGCUAGCAAGCUUUGUUUAUGCGGCUAAUCCUGUAUCAAUCAGAUUUGACUGAACUUGAAAAUGUCAUGUGGUGCAACCACUGCAGAUUGUUUUCCAUCAUAGAUAUAUGCCCUAGAUUGGCAGUAUUUACGCUUUUUAUAUUAAAUUAAUGAUUGAUAAACACUAAGUACUCAAUUUUUAUUAUUAUUAUGAAUAUUAUUUUGUUAUUUGAUGAGUCAUUUUGCUAAUAUUUAAGAAAUAAUGGUCAGUAUAAUCCGUACACAGGCGGUAGGCGGAACCAAGUUGUCCAUAGUAUAUACAGUCUAUGGCCGAAUCCUAACCACUAGACUACCAGGGCCGGGGCCGGCUCUACGCUGGGGCAAGAGGGGGCAACGCCCCCUCAAACAAACGGCCUGCCCCCUCAAAUCAAAUUUUUAAUAGUGGAAAAUCCACCGAAAAAGCACAAGUUCAUUAUUAGCCCCCGUUCAUCUCCCAUCCCUUCAUCUCCGUGCAGUGUGAGUCUUCACACACCCUGCAGGCAGAGAUCGCCUCCCCCGUCCAUCCCUUAGCCUUGCUGGGCCAUCCUGUUCACGCAACAGGAUGGCCCUGCCAGGCUAUCCCUCCCUCCCCAUCCGUAAACAUCCAAUCACUCUAUGGGCAGAGACAUGGAGAACCACUAAGCUCACAAUACACAAGCUACAAACCUUCACAAACAAAUGUCUCAGAAGAAUACUGAAAAUCUACUGGCAGAACAAGAUCAGCAACAACGAUCUCUGGAUGAAGACACAACAACUCCCAGCAGCAGACGAAAUUGGACGAAGUAGAUGGAGAUGGAUCGGGCACACACUACGCAAACCAGAGUCAAACACCACCAGGCAGGCUCUGACCUGGAACCCUCAGUGGAUGAGAAACAGAGGCUGGCCUAAAAAAAACACCUGGCGGCGAGAUCUCCAGGCAGACACCAAGAGACUGGGAUGCACCUGGUCGCAGAUAGAAAAGAAAGCCAUAGAACCAUAGAACGGAUCGUAACAGUCUAUAACAGCACCAACAACAUCUGCUCUGCCUUUGAAGGGGCUGGAAGCACCUGACAUUAGAUACAACGCUGUAAACACAGUGGACAAGUCAUCAAUUAUUCGUUGAUGACACAUAGAGACAACCAUUCAAAAUAUGCCCUUGGGGAAAUCUGGAAUUAACAAUUAACCGAACCCACAUGUCCAAGGAUGGUGGGUUAAACGUUAAGACAUGUAAACUCUUAAGACAAGCCCCAGCUGGCCAGCAGGUUCAAUCCCAGAACAACCUCCAUCACUUUUCUGGCUUUAGAUUUCAAUGUGUUAAAAAUUGGAUUACAUGAGAAAUUACAGAGGAAUUUUGUUGACUGCAUUACCUACAGGUUUUGAUUCUAAAUUCUGAUUUCUAAAUCUAACACUUCUACUUUUGGAAAGCUGUGUUUGUGUGACAAAGGUAUGUUUCAACCCCAAUAAUGAUGAUUUUGUUUAAAUAACAUGUUAUUUCAUUCAAGAAAAGAGAAGCUCGCUCUGACAAAUAUGUCACAUCCGGCUUUCACUCUUAAAAUAUUCAUGAAAAAUCCCAUGUGACGUAUUUGUCACGAUAAAAAAAAGGUAGAAGCUGAAGCCCAUUUAAUAAUUUUAAAUCAAUAUAUUUUGGAGGGGUUUCAUGUCCCAAUGAUCCCAGGAGCUAUGUUGUCGGGGGCUUUAUGCCUCUGGUAGGGUCCCCCAUGGCAAACAGGUCCUGUGGGAGGGAUCAGACUAAGGGUAGCUCAAAUAGAUCUCUUAAAAUAACUGGUACUAAGUUUCACUUGCCCAGAAGAGGGUCACCAGGGCCCUGUCCUGGAGCCAGGCCUAGGGAUUAGGUUUGAUGGUGAGCGCCUGUUGGUGCUUCCGAUGGGCUCACUACCCAUAGGAGAGGCCAAAGGGGUCUGGUGCAGUGCAAGCCAGGAAAACCCUACCCACCUGCUGGAACUGAGAGAUCCCCUUACUCUUUGGCUAUUACAGGGGAUCCUUUAGGCAGAUAUUUAACAAGACAAUCCCACCUCAUCAAAGAACAUCUGGAGCGGAACAGGCUGCUGUUAAAUCACCAGGAUAACAAUGAGGUGGAUCAGGUCCCCACCCACAGGAACCCUGAGCACUUUAGGCCUUAGUUCUCCACAGGCAUACAGCAGCAGCAGUGUUGGACCCCAAGUCCUGACAUCAUUUAUAGGGUUUCCUUCUUGUGCUCAGGUUUUCCCACAUCCAGAUUCAAAUUCCAAUGUAUCUUUAUGGCACUUUAAUCCAAAAAAGAUGAAAAAAAUACAAAUUGUGUGUUCUUAAUAUACAUGCUUUUAUACAUAUGUGAGUAUGCCUGAAAUAGUAAUAAAAAUGUAUUCACUCCUUCAGGCAUACUCACAUAUGUAUCAGACAUGUACUGUAUGUUAUUCCACUGUGGCUAUACCCCCAAGUGAUUUAAACACAGAAUUCAUGGCAUCUAAUUUCCUGUUAUUGUAAUCUAUUUCUAUUUGUGACUCUCAUUCAUUUCUGAAUGGAGAUCACAAUCAACUUAUUUGUCCUGCAUUAAAAUCAGUUAUAAUCCAUGUCUUCAUGCUCCACGACAAAUCCUCAAUUCAUGUUUUUUCAACCCUGAUAAUGAGUUUGCAGGAAAAAGGGAGAGAAGCAUAUAGACAUGGAUUGAUAUAAUUCAAGAAAAGAGAAGAUCGCUGUGACAAAUAUGUCACAUCUGGCUUUCACUCUUAAAAUAUUCAUGAAAAAUCCCAUUUGACGUAUUUGUCACAAUCAAAACAAAAAGGUAGAAACUAAGCCCAUUUAAUAAUUUUUAAUCAAUAUAUUUUAUGAAGGUGAAGUCAAAGACUAUUUGAACAAAUAUAAACAAAAAAUCCCAUUGGAAAUUCUUUAAACUAAUUAAUAAAUAUGUAUUGAAAUGAAAAAGUGUAUGUCAAAUGUAAGUCAGCACUAAGGGUGAAAAUUUGUUUGCAGACAAUCUUUUUAUUUCAAUGUCGCUAGUGCUCAACCUUCUUCAGUGAAAGAUCUACUUCAUAGGAACACUGGUUGCCAGCUUUCGGAUGAAAAAAGUUUUGCUGACAGAGGCAGAGGAUCCAUUGAUGCCAGGGUGGAGAAGGGGUGAAAGGUGGCCAUUGUCAAGUAGUACAAUACCAAAUCUGUCACCUUGUUCUCAUCCUACUGUACAAAGCUUGAUGCUGGAGCAAAUCAGACAAAGCAUUUGUGGGUCGCAAGUACCACAUGAGAUCACCAAGGUGGCAAAACAUCAUGUUAGGCCUGGUCAAUGCAUGGUUGCUUUACCCCUGAGACUACAAACUACUCGGUGUCAAAAGGCCACUCAAACAAAGAGGCCUCCAAGCAGAGGUUGCCACAAGCCUGAUUCUCCUGCAUUCAUAAAGGGGGGCGCCCAUUACCACCCAAGAGAGUCCGUACUGGUAUUUUAGAUGACGUUCGCAUUGACCAUGUUAUACGCUGGCCAGUGAAAUGUGAGAAACAAGGUUGUAGCGAACUCUGCAAAGUCAAUGCUACCACCACUCUAAAAUGUAACAUAUGUCUUUUUUCACAUAGGAGUAAAAUUGCUUCAAAACCUACCAUUUGGCAUAAGCUAACUCACUAAAAAGCUGUUCAUGAUAAAAAAAACUGUUGAGUUGUGGUGCUGAUUAUGCAAAAGAAGUUUUGUUUUCCAGCAGUUCUGUUUAAUGUACUUUAGUACAUAUUUUUGGCAGGUUUUCUGUCACGGUUCAGGCACCGAGGCUCAAAUGCGGACAAAGAGACUCAAGUCAGAGCAGUUCAGUUAAACAGAUAUUUAUUUGGUCCAAAAAUGCAAACAGAAAUAGGAAAACGGAACUAAGGUGGGCAGUAACAAUUAACAAAAAGCGCUGUCUGAAAAACGCGAGACAGGAUCAGUAAUAACUAACAAAAACGCUGUCUGUAAAAACGCAAGACUGGAACAGUAAUAAUUAACCAAAAAGCGCUGUCUGCAAAACGCGAGACUGGAACAGUAAUAAUUAACAAAAGCGCUGUCUGCAAAAACGCGAGACAGGAUCAGAACAAUUAACAAAAAAACGCUGUCUGCAAAACGCGAGACAGGGUCAGAACAAAUAACAAAAAACGCUGUCUGCAAAACGCGAGACAGGGUCAGAACAAAUAACAAAAAGCGCUGUCUGCAAAACGCGAGACAGGGUCGGGUACUACCAGAGCUAGCGAGAGAGUGAGUGAGCAGGCAGUCCGUGAACUCCGACUGGAGGGAGAGAGGCAGGUGGUGAUGGCGUGAGGCGGCGUCCUGGACGGAGCUGGGAUGAAGAGCAGGAGAGCUGGGUACGCAGACGGGAAGAGCAGGCGGAGUGGGCAAGGGAUUUUCAGGUUACGGUCCAGCGUCGGGUUGUGGGAAGCGUCUGGUUUUUAUGGCAGCGGGUGAAUGAAUGAGAGCGCCCUCUCCCCGCCACACGGAUCGAUCCGCUGAUUAGUAAGUGGCUGCACCUGUCCGCCCUGAAGCUGCAUCACACCAACACCUGCUUAGAGAGAGGGAGAAAGAGAAGAGGGAGGGGGGAGAAGAGAAAAGAGAGGCUGCCCCUAUCUGGCCCUAGAAGUAGAGGGCGUGACAGUACCCCCCCCCCUACGUGCACCUCCAGGUGCACGAAGGCGCUUCUCUGGGUGGCGGCGGUAGAGGUCGCUGACCAACGUGUGGUCCAGGAUCUGGCGACGGGGAACCCAGCUGCGCUCCUCUGGCCCAUAUCCCUCCCAGUCGACCAAGAACUGGACCCCUCUACCCCGCCGACGGACAUCCAGCAAGCGACUGACAGUGUAGACUGGCCCAUCGUCCACUAUCCUGGGCGGAGGAGGGGGAUGGACGGGUGGGGCCAAAGGACUCUCCCGUACCGGCUUCAGCUGCGAAACAUGGAACGUGGGAUGAAUCUUCAUGGACCGGGGCAGCUUAAGCCGGACGGCAGCGGGGUUAAUGACCCUCUCCACCUCGAACGGACCGACAAAGCGUGGGGCCAACUUCUUUGACUCCACCCGGAGUGGGAGAUCCUUGGCCCUGAGCCAAACCUUCUGGCCCGGGGCGUAGGCAGGAGCAGGGGAACGGCGACGGUUGGCCUGUUGCUCCAUUCUCAAGGAGGCCCGGCGGAGGGCGACCCGAACCUUCCUCCAAGUUCGUUUGCACCUCCUGACGAAGCUUUGCACCGAGGGUAUGACAAUCUCCUCUUCAGAAGCUGGAAACAGGGGGGCUGGUAUCCCAGGACGCACUGGAAGGGGGACAGUCCAGAGGAAGAGUUAGACAGGGAGUUGUAAGCGUACUCCACCCAGGGGAGUUGAUUGCUCCAGGUCGUAGGGUGUUCUGAGGCCACACAGCGUAGGAAAGUCUCUAGAGACUGAUUGGCCCGUUCCGUCUGGCCGUUUGAUUGUGGGUGGAAACCAGAAGAGAGACUGACCGUGGCCCCCAGAGCCUUACAAAACGCCCUCCACACCUCUGACGUGAACUGGGGACCACGGUCGGAGACUAUGUCGGAAGGGAUGCCGUGAAUCCUGAAAACCUGAGAGACCAGAAGAUCUGCAGUCUUAAUGGCUGUGGGUAACUUGGGCAGGGGAAGGAAAUGGGCAGAUUUGGAGAACCGGUCGACAAUGGUUAAUAUGGCGGUGUUGCCCUGGGAAGGAGGGAGGCCUGUGACAAAAUCCACUGCAAUGUGGGACCAGGGUCUCCUGGGAAUGGGAAGCGGCCGCAGGAAUCCGGAGCUGGGUUGAUUGGACGUUUUGUUGCGGGCACAGACGGAGCAGGCCAGGGUGAACUCACGGGUGUCUGCCUCCAUGGUGGGCCACCAGAACCGUUGCCGGAGGACCUCUAAGGUGCGGGCAGAUCCGGGAUGACAGGCGAACUUAGAGGUAUGCCCCCACAUGAGGACCUGCGGGCGGACGGCUUCUGGGACAAACAGGCGGUUUGGGGGACCGCCUCCGGGGUCAGGUUGCUGUUCUAGGGCCCGGAGUACUUGGGCCUCAACCUCCCAAGUGAGGGAGGCGACAAUGCGAGUCUGGGGCAAGAUGGGUUCUGGGUCUGGCAGGGCGUUCUCUCCGGAGAACUGACGGGACAGGGCAUCAGGCUUGGUGUUCCUGGACCCGGGGCGAUAAGUGAUGGAGAAGUUGAAGCGGCUGAAGAAGAGGGACCAGCGGGCCUGGCGGGAAUUCAUCCUCCUGGCCGACCUGAUGUAUUCCAGGUUCUUGUGGUCUGUCCACACGAUGAAAGGCUGCAGGGCACCCUCCAACAGAUGCCGCCAUUCCUCCAGAGCGAGCUUGACGGCCAACAGCUCGCGAUCUCCGACAUCAUAGUUCCUCUCUGCGGGGGUAAGACGCCGUGAGAAGAAGGCACAGGGGUGUAGUUUUUGGUCUGUCGCAGCCCGCUGGGACAGGACUGCCCCUACCCCGGUGUCCGAGGCAUCCACCUCCAGGAUGAACUGUCUCUCGGGAUCUGGCUGGAUCAGGAUAGGCGCCGAAACAAAGCGUUGCUUCAGCUCAGAGAAGGCCUUGUUUGCUUCAGGGGUCCAACAAAAGAUCUUGGUGGUGGAAGUGAGGGUGGUCAGGGGGGCUGCAACAGAGCUGUAAUUUCGGAUGAAACGGCGGUAGAAGUUUGCAAAACCAAGGAAGCGCUGAAGCUGUCUCCGGUCUUCGGGACGGGGCCACUCAGUCACUGCCUCCACCUUUAAUGGGUCCAUCUUGACCUCCCCGGAGGAGAUGAUGAAUCCCAGGAAAGCCACAGUGGAUGCGUGGAACUCGCAUUUCUCUGCCUUGACGAAGAGGCGGUUCUGGAGGAGACGUUCGAGGACCUGGCGGACAUGGCAGACGUGUUCUUCAAGGUUUCGGGAGUAUAUUAAGAUGUCAUCCAGGUAGACGAAGACGAACCGAUUGAGCAUGUCCCUCAAGACGUCGUUGAUGAGGUUCUGGAAAACUGCGGGGGCGUUAGUGAGGCCGAAGGGCAUGACCAGGUAUUCAAAGUGUCCCAGGGGAGUAUUGAAGGCGGUCUUCCACUCGUCGCCCUCCCGGAUUCGGAUGAGGUGGUAGGCAUUUCUAAGAUCCAGUUUGGUGAAGACAGAGGCUCCAUGCAGCGGGGUGAAGGCAGAAUUGAUUAGGGGAAGGGGGUAAGUAUUCUUAACAGUAAUGUCAUUGAGGCCCCGGAAGUCUAUGCAGGGACGGAGGGAUUUGUCCUUCUUGGAGACAAAAAAGAAUCCAGCGCCGACAGGGGAUGAAGAGGGGCGGAUGAUGCCAGCCGCCAGAGAAUCGCGGAUGUAGGACUCCAUGGUGGCCUGUUCAGGUCUAGACAGGUUGUACAGUCUGCAACGGGGUAGUGUAGCUCCGGGAAGUAAGUCUAUAGCACAGUCGUAGGGUCUGUGUGGGGGCAGAGACAGGGCUUGAUCCUUGCUAAAAACCAUGGCCAGAUCGUGGUACACAGAAGGUACAAGGUCCAGGUUGAGGGGUUCGGAAGGUAGGGCCCGGGGGCUGGCUCGAGUUUCAGGAGUCAGGGCAGAUGUCAGGCAACGUUGGUAGCACUCCCGGCUCCAGGAACGGAUCUCCCCCUGCUGCCAGUCAAUGUGGGGAUUAUGGACCUGGAGCCAAGGGAACCCAAGAACCAAGGGUGGACUAGACUGGUCGAUGAGGUGGAAGGAAAUUGUCUCAUGGUGGUUGCCCCCCACCACCAGGGAGACCGGAACAGUCUUAUGGCGGACUUGGGCCAGGUGGAGUCCGUUCAGAGCACGAGCCUCCAGGGGCGCGUCAAGAGUUUCUGUGGGAAUGCCGAGCUGGGACGCCAGGCGAGAGUCCAGGAAAUUCUCUUCAGCCCCAGAAUCCACCAGGGCUAGAAGAGGGAUAGGCUGACGCUGCCAACACAGGGUUAUGGCCACUUGGAGACGUUGUGGGGGCGAAGUAGUAGUACGGCUCACCAGCAGAUCCCCCGUCACUGGCGAGCCGGACCUUUUGGCGGACGGGCGGGGCAGGAGGCAAUGUAGUGACCCGGACGCCCACAAUACAGGCACAGGUUUGCUGACCGACGUUGUAACUUCUCCGACUCAGUGAGGUGGGCCCGGCCGAUCUGCAUUGGCUCUGGGAGAGACUCCGGCGGGGGGUCCGGCUGAGUUCUGGGGCCUGGGGCACUUGGGGUUCUGGUGGGUCCUAGUACAGAGCGGGCGCUGCGUUCUCGCCUCCUUUCCCGGAGCCGGUUGUCAAUCUUAAUCGCUAAUGCGAUGAGGUGGUCUAGGUCUGGAGAGUCGUCACGAGUUGCCAGCUCGUCCUUUAGGGCCUCACCUAGCCCUUUGUAAAAGGCUCCCUGGAGCGCGCCGUCGUUCCAGGAGCUCUCUGCAGCCAGCGUCCGGAACUCCACCGCAAACUCUGCGACACUCCUUGUCCCUUGGGAGAUGGCCAUGAGGCGGUGGCUGGCGUUGUUACCGCUUACUGGGUGGUCAAAGACCUUCCUCAUCUCUGCCACGAACGCCGCGUAGGACUCACAGGCACUGUCCUGGCGUCCCCAAACAGCCGUGCCCCACUCUCUCGCCUGUCCUGACAAUAACCCGAUGGUGUAAGCUAUUUUUGAACGAUCGGAGGCAUAGGAGAGAGGCUGCAUCUCAAAAACUAGUGAAACCUGAGUUAAAAAGGCCUGGCAGGAUCCUAACUCCCCCCUGUAACGUUCAGGUACAGGCACUACAGGUUCACGAGAGGGAGGUGGAACACUAACGCUAGCCAAGACAGGAUUAGCGGCUAACGCUGAGCCUGGGGGAGCAGUCUUAGCAAUUUGACCAGCCAACCCUCUUAACUGGGUGGUUAGUUCAGAGAUCUGAUUAAGCAUAACAUGAUUACUACUGACCAGGGAACGCAACAAUUCAUCAUGUUGAGCUAACACGCAUUCCUGAUUAGCAAUAGCUUGUUGAAACGUGGUAGCGGGGGAGACUGCCUCCGCGCCAGUCUCUUUGUCUGCUGAGCUCAUCUUGGCUGGACCGUACUGUCACGGUUCAGGCACCGAGGCUCAAAUGCGGACAAAGAGACUCAAGUCAGAGCAGUUCAGUUAAACAGAUAUUUAUUUGGUCCAAAAAUGCAAACAGAAAUAGGAAAACGGAACUAAGGUGGGCAGUAACAAUUAACAAAAAGCGCUGUCUGAAAAACGCGAGACAGGAUCAGUAAUAACUAACAAAAACGCUGUCUGUAAAAACGCAAGACUGGAACAGUAAUAAUUAACCAAAAAGCGCUGUCUGCAAAACGCGAGACUGGAACAGUAAUAAUUAACAAAAGCGCUGUCUGCAAAAACGCGAGACAGGAUCAGAACAAUUAACAAAAAAACGCUGUCUGCAAAACGCGAGACAGGGUCAGAACAAAUAACAAAAAACGCUGUCUGCAAAACGCGAGACAGGGUCAGAACAAAUAACAAAAAGCGCUGUCUGCAAAACGCGAGACAGGGUCGGGUACUACCAGAGCUAGCGAGAGAGUGAGUGAGCAGGCAGUCCGUGAACUCCGACUGGAGGGAGAGAGGCAGGUGGUGAUGGCGUGAGGCGGCGUCCUGGACGGAGCUGGGAUGAAGAGCAGGAGAGCUGGGUACGCAGACGGGAAGAGCAGGCGGAGUGGGCAAGGGAUUUUCAGGUUACGGUCCAGCGUCGGGUUGUGGGAAGCGUCUGGUUUUUAUGGCAGCGGGUGAAUGAAUGAGAGCGCUCCUCUCCCCGCCACACGGAUCGAUCCGCUGAUUAGUAAGUGGCUGCACCUGUCCGCCCUGAAGCUGCAUCACACCAACACCUGCUUAGAGAGAGGGAGAAAGAGAAGAGGGAGUGGGGAGAAGAGAAAAGAGAGGCUGCCCCUAUCUGGCCCUAGAAGUAGAGGGCGUGACAUUUUCUGCAUGAAUCAGUUGGUUAUUGUUCAGUUGCUCUCUAAUGCAAAAAAAAAAAAAAAAAGAAAAUGGUUUGAGAAAACCAAAUGUGUUGUUUCACUGUUUGGAAAGAAGUUUUCUCAGUUUAAAUGCAAAUAAAUGCAAAUGUUUGUUGCUAAACAACCAACAUAUAUUAUUUCAUUCAUUUUCAAAUACGGAGAAAAAAAUGGUAAACGCCCAAUAUGAGAUGAUGAGAUGAGAUGAGAUUCAAUUUAUUGUCAAUGUACAGUACAAGUACAGUACAGCGAAAAGUAUUUUCGCAUCUCACCAGAGUGCAAAGUAAACAUGUCAGUGCUAGUGAUACAUUAUUUCAUAGAUAAGUGUUGAGGUAAGUGUUGUUCAUAGUGUUGAGAGGACUAAAGAGCAGUGCAGCUACAUCGACCCAGUCAGCUUCAUGAGACAUAUUUGGAUGAUAAAUCUGAGACUGAGUCAGACUGACCUUUGGGAAAGGUCAUCCAGCAGAGCGUCAAAGCAUUUGAAACUCCGCUUGUGGACUGCCAUCCUGACGCCCCCAAACUGGCUGUCCCCGCUUUUGUAGAAGGUGAUCCGCUUUGCCGGGGUGUCGGUGAUCACAUGGGGGCAGUGUGGAUCGGAGGGCGGUUGUGGGGGGAUUGGGAAGGCAUGUUUAGACGGGGGCUGGGGAUCCCACAUCCCGGUCUAGACUGAAAGCAUCUUGCAAUCUCACACAAACCUGAGAGAGACAAAAGGGUGACACGAUUUUAGAGAGUUCAAUCACACCUCUUCCUUGCUGGGGGCUUGAACUGCAAAUAUUUGAGCACACAGAGGUCUGCUGGGAAAUUUUACCUCAUUUCACCCACUCUGUGAUUUGUGAACGGUAUCCUCAGCUCUACAAAUACACAGAUGAUACUUUGGGUAGUGAAUGCAGUGAAGUGCCUUUCUCUUUAGAUGGACAGGAAUUUGAUUAAACUACCAUGUUUUUGAUGGGUUAUAUUUCCAUUUUCUUUUCAGUUGAAGCACUCUCUAAUCACACUCAUGAGGUCACUACUUCUAAUCGGGAGUGUUUGACAGAGGAUUCAGGACAGGACAUUUACUAACAGGACUACUUUACAUGUAAGCAUGUUGCAAAUGUCACCGCAACAGCAGGAGGAGACGCAUUCGCAGCACAACCACCUCCGAAUCAAACUAGGGAAGCACUUUGCAGCAUUUAGCAACUUACAGUGGAGAGGGAAAACUGCCUUUGACAGGCAGAAACCUCGAGCAGGACCAGACUCAUGUUAGACAGUCAAUUGCUGCUAUUGGAUGGGGGUUAGCGGGAUCAAAUGCAGCUUUAUGGAUUUGUAUUGUUAUGAUAAAAACAGAGCUUCACCCACUUUGCUAUAUAUCGAGAGAAAUAAGAAUAAGAAGAACUUUAUUAAUCCCUCAGAGAAAAUUCAAUAGGAUUUAAAUAAAUAAAUAAAUACAUGAAUUAUAAAAAUUAUAUUAUGUAUUAAUAGAUAAUUAAAUAAAUUAUUAAUUAUUACAAAUAAAUUUAUUUAAAUAAAUUCAAUAAUUCAAUUUCAUACAAAAUUCUGCAGGACAGAGACCACACUUGUGCUUUUAUGUAUUAUUUAUUCAUUUGUUUAUUAUUUUGAUGUUGUUUCAUAGAUUAGGUCUUAACUUUAUAAUCAAAAUAUGCAUAACAUGUUUGAACCUUGCAACAACACCAAAAAUCCCUCAGAAGAGCUGCACCAAAACUGAAUAAACAUUACUUUAUCAACAGUUCUCAGUCCAGCUAUUUUUAGCAGGAGAGAACUGUUGAUUUAGAACUUUGUUUUUUUUUUUCUUUUGCAGACUUUAAAUAAAAGUUACAAAAAAACAGGCUUAGCGGGCUUUUAAGCUCCAUGAGUGCAGACUGGGGGCCAAAUCACUGCUGUUGGCUGUAGACACCCCCAACGUGACACUCUGCCUCCUAAUCCAUUUAGCUCUGUCUCUCUUCACAACUUUACUUUUAAAAUUCCAGCCCUGUAUUUUAAAACCUUUGCAACAAAUUUGCAACAGAUUUACCAAAUAUUACAACACAAGGUCAAGACAGGCCAUGGUCACCAACUGUUAGUCUCCAAGAUGAAGGAGCACGAAGAAAUAGUUCCUGAAGCUCAUUUUGACUGGGUUUAAAUAGACUUGUUGAAGAUGUUUGGCGUUGUUAGAGAGCAGAAGAAGAGAGGGUGUUUUAUUUUAAAAUAAACAGAUACUAAAGAGAAUUUACAGCUUGUAGAUUUAGAUUAACUUCAUAAUUAAAUUAUAAAGGUUAAGAAGUUAUCUUUCAAUUAAACUCUAUGCUGAGUCCUAAAAGUAUACAUGCAGUCCUUCAAUUCUUAUAGUCAACAGCAGCCUCAUCAGAUAAAACACACUAUAAAUGCUGACUGUUUGGCUUGAGCGUGUGAUGACAUUUCCAGCUUUUCUAGCCAAUCAGAGGUGAAGGAGGCGGGACUUUCUCCAGUAAAAGUCUUCCCCAGGAUUCCCCACCUUAACAGUGAUGCCUCUUUGUGACCCACUAAAGGAGACAAGAUUGUAAAUAAAGUGACUGGAAUUCCUGUAGUUAAGUUUUAAGGGUAUAUGUCAAGGUGGCUGUUUACACAUAGUGAAGUUAACUUUUUAUGAUGACUGACUGUUAAAAAAAAAGCAGGAUGUCUUCUUUUUCAGGUAAUACGACUCAUUCAUGUCCAGGAUGAAGUCCUCGGAGAUAUAUAAGGUGUUAUCUGUCCACAGGGGCGCCAAAGUAGACACAAGUCGAAAGUUACUCACAGGAACUUUAAGGUGAGUUGAUGAUGAAUUUGGCUACGUUCAUACUGCAGGUUAUGAUGCACAAUUUGGAUUUUUUGCUAAAUCUGAUCAUUUUGUGCGGUGGUUCACAUUACAGCAACGAAUGUGACAUCUAAUGUGAACGGAAUGCGUCAGUGAAGUGACCCGCAUGCGCACAAAGCACAAAUUGCUUUCCGCGCCUGUUUGUGUUGUCGAACAAUGGUGACGUUUUUCGCAUAUUGAUGACGUAUAGGUCGGAUGAACGCGUCUGAGUGUCCACACUGCAGUCACAUCGAAUACAUAUCCGAUUUAUAUCCACGUACUAAAGAGGCCUGGGUUGGAUUUGAAAAAAUCAGAAUUGCACUGUUCACACUUAGAUGAAAAAAUCAGAUAUGUGUCACAUUUGGUUAAAAAAUCGGAAUUGACCUGCAGUGUGAACAUAGCCGUAUUUUUGUCUUUCUAAUCAGGUGCAUAAUUUAGAUACUGUUCAAUACAUCACAUCCUCUUUGCUUUUGAGUAAACAGAGGAUAGUUUACACAUUAAAGCUGCUGUGAGUAACUUUUAGUUCAAAGGGGUAUCUGUUUAUGAUCAUCGCAUACAUCAAUGUCAACAAUGAAGUGUAGCACUCACUGUGAGUAUUUGCUGAGUAAAAAUUUCCUGUAACUUAUCUGGUUUUGUCACCCACACCCUCACUGCGUUUUCAGCAUUUAAAAUUAUUAUAAAUUAUACUACUUCUGAAAGCCUUACAGAAGCAUUGGUAUUAGUUUGAGUCUGUUUCCCAACCAGUUAAAAAAAAAAACUCCUUAUAGUGCCUUUAAGAGCUGUUGGUUCAGUUUGCAGAACAAGAAAAGACAGCAAUAAGGAUAUUAUAUCAUGUGUCCCAUAAUGCUAAUAGUCCUCUUACUCCUCUCCGUACAUGUUAAAUCCCUUAUUCAAGCCUCUAAUCACAUCAACAGGUGUCAUCACACCCACACAGAAACAUACAGAUUGAUUAUGCAUAAUGGACCCUUAAAUAGUUACCCCUAAAGAUGACACCAUGACUUGAAAACAGAAACAACUCAGAUACAAAACAGAGGAUUAGGGAGCAUCACUAUGCUUGUUUUAACUCUUUAAAUACAGGAAUGCAACAAAAGUUUGGAGAAAAGACAGUCUUACUGAGAUAAACGCAUGCCAGAUUGAAGAUAAUCGUCUGGUUAUAAAUCCAUAAGUGAAGGAGCGAUGUUAAAUGGUGAUUUUUUAUUUGUCUGACCACCUGCAAUGGACUGAAACAUCAGUCAGUUCAGUGCAGUCCGCUAUACAGGUUACUUUGAGGACCAUGAUGUGAAGUCAGCGGCUUAACAACAGGAAGCACUCGAAUUUUGAAUUUCAAAAUAAGAUCGAGCAUAUGUUUCAAAAUAAAGUAUUUGUGUACUAUUUAAAAAAGACAAAAUGUUUUAUUCUGUCAUUUAUUUUUUCACUCUAAGGGUUUUUUUUUUUCCCCUCUUUUUUCAGAGACACAAAAAGUAAAAUGAUAAAAGCGGACAGAUGGAGGUAAGGUGAUAUAAAAAGGGGGAGUGGGAUUCACGCUAAAGAGGAUUAAAGCUGUCUGGACAAAUUGUCUAAAUCUGGAUAAAUCUACAGGACAGCUUCUGUGUUUUCUGCCUUCAAACUCAAAGACCAACUUUAAUCUCAAUAACUGUUUUGAAUUUGAAAGAAAAAGUCCUUAAAAUUCAGGUAGAUUAUUAAUCAGCCUUAUUCGGGAAAUAAAGAAUUUUUUGUGUCAAACGCGUUAUUGAAAUAUGUUUUUGGUAGGCCUACUACAUGGUAUAUUUGGUCUCCCCUACCAGUAACACAUGACUGCAUGUUUUGGAAAACGGUUGUAAUUCAGAGUUUGAACACUGGAUGGAGUCCUGGGGUCCGUUUCACGUAGGUGGUUCAACAAACUCUGAGUUAAAUCCUUAACUCUGAGUUGAUCUACUCUGAGUUAGGAAACUCUGAGUUUCCGGUUUCACAACACCUGAUUUGAGACGGUUUUAACAACUCCGAGUAGUUUGACCUGGAGUUAAGCACGUGCACGCCAGACAUAAACAGCCAGCAUCUGUGGAGCGCAGAUUCAAUGAUCAACCAAUGGAAACAGGGAGAAGGAGGGGGCAGCAGCAAGCCAACAGCGAAUUACAGCACGUUUUUAAAAGAAAGUGCAAUACAGCAGCAGCUGCAAAGGAGAGGGAGAGGGCUUGGGAGGAAAUCGCUGCUCGCGUUAAUGCGUAACUUUAAAUCUAGUCUCGUGCAAUCACAAUGACAGACUGUUGCAGGGAAACUGCUUGAAUCAUUUUGAUCAUGUUUUACAUUGUCAAGUAAGUAUUAAGUGGCAGUUUGAUCCCUUAGAAAAUGCUCUUUUCACACUCAAAAAUGAAUUUUACUCUCUUAUGAUGUUCCGUUAAAUGCUUAGGAAUAUUAAAGUAACUCUCAGUAUGUAUAUGUAUAUAUAUUAAACUAACACACACUACACUCAAUAUUAGACUUUCACUCAGCAAACAGAAAGAGGGCAGAUGCCAGAAAAACGGGUGGUGGGCCAGCAGCCCCAUCUUUAACGGAGGCAGAGGAGCUGCCCCCCCCCCCCCCCCCCCCCCUUCGACGAUCGCAACCCCCACCCCGUAGCAGCGAUCGUCGGACUGGUGUGCGUGUGUCUGUGUCUGUGUCUGUGUCUGUGUCUGUGUCUGUGGGGGGGGGGGGGGGUGUUUUGAGUGUGAAAAGAGCAUUUUUUAAGGGAUCAAACUGCCACGUAGCAGGUUUAGUGGAAACUCCGAGUUUGUUAACCCUGAAAUCAGGGAAACUCUGAGUUUUCCGUUUCACAAAGGAGGGUUAGUUAAACCAGGGAGAGAGGGGUAACUCUAACCUGUUUCACAAAGAGAGGUAACUCAACCUCGCGGUCAGUUACCGCAGUAACAGACUCCGUGAACCUAACCUGCUCGGGAGCAGGUUUAACUCAGUAAACCCAGAGUUUCAGGUGAGACAUCGGCAUUUUCUCAUUUUGAUCAUGUUUUACAUUGUCAAGUAAGUAUUAAGUGGCAGUUUGAUACCUUUAAAAAAGCUGUUUUCACACUCAAAACUGAAUUUUACUCUCUUAUUAUGUUCCGUUAAAUGAUUAGGAAUAUUAAACUAACACAAAAACGGGUGGUGGUCCAGCAGCCCCACCUUUGGAGGCAGAGGAGCUGCCCCCCCCCCCCCCGUUCGACGAUCGCGGCCGGUCCGAUCGCAAAUCCCCCCCCACAGACACACACACGCGCACGCACACCAGUCCGACAAUCGCUGCUACGAGGUGGGGGUUUCGAUCGUCGGGGGGGGGGGGGGGGGCUGCUGGGCCACCACCCGUUUUUUCUGGCAUCUGCCCUCUUUCUGUUUGCUGAGUGAAAGUCUAAUAUUGAGUGUAGUGUGUGUUAGUUUAAUAUAUGUACAUAUACAUACUGAGAGUUAGUUUAAUAUUCCUAAUCACUUAACGGAACAUCAUAAGAGAGUAAAAUUCAUUUUUUUGAGUGUGAAAAGAGCAUUUUCUAAGGGAUCAAACUGCCACUUAAUACUUACUUGACAAUGUAAAACAUGAUCAAAAUGAUUCAAGCAGUUUCCCUGCAACAGUCUGUCAUUGUGAUUGCACGAGACUAGAUUUAAAGUUACGCAUUGACGCGAGCAGCGAUUUCCUCCCAAGCCCUCUCCCUCUCCUUUGCAGCUGCUGCUGUAUUGCACUUUCUUUUACAAACGUGCUGUAAUUCGCUGUUGGCUUGCUGCUGCCCCCUCCUUCUCCCUGUUUCCAUUGGUUGAUCAUUGAAUCUGCGCUCCACAGAUGCUGGCUGUUUAUGUCUGGCGUGCACGUGCUUAACUCCAGGUCAAACUACUCGGAGUUGUUAAAACCGUCUCAAAUCAGGUAUUGUGAAACCGGAAACUCAGAGUUUCCUAACUCAGAGUAGAUCAACUCAGAGUUAAGGAUUUAACUCAGAGUUUGUUGAACCACCUACGUGAAACGGACCCCUCCUCUGCAACAGUGUGGCUGCAUGCCUUAGCUGAGUGCAGUAAUAUGAAGCAUACCCAAGACAUACCCACUUCUUCUGGACUAACACAGGACCUCUGCUGCACAUUUAUAUUUAUAUCUAAGUUUAUAUUGUGGAAUUACUCAGGACCUCUGCUGCACAUUUAUAUUUAUACCUAUAAUCAAAUUUAUAUUGUGGACUAACACAGGACCUCUGCUUCAUAUUUAUAUUUGUAUCCUAGACUUACACAGGACUUUUGCUGCAUGUUUUAUCUGCACAUUAAAAUGAAAUGCUUAUGGUACUGAUAGGAUAUAAUAUUGCAGAAUUUUUGCUUGAUAUUUAUAUUUAAAUUUAUAUUGUGGACUUACACAGGAGCUCUGCUGCAAAUUUUUAUUUAUAUUAAUGUUUACAUUGUGGACUUACACAGGACCUCUGCUGCAUAUUUAUAUUUAUAUCCUGGACUUACACAGUUUACACUUUUCUUUAUAUUUAUAUUGUAAAUUUAAACAGGACCUCUGCUGCAUCAUUAUAUUUUUACUUUUAUCGUGGACUUACACCGGUCUUACACAGGACUUUUGCUGCAUGUUUUGUCUGUACAUUGAUAUGAAAUGCUUGUGGUACUGAUAGAAUAUAAUAUUGCAGGACUUUUGCUGCAUAUUUAUAUUUACAUUGUGGACUUACACGACUUUUGCGGCAUGUUUUUAUUAGCACAUAGAUAUGAAAUGCUUGUGGUACUGAUAGAAUAUAAUAUUGCAUGACUUUUGCUUCGUAGUAAUAAGUUGGUGGCUCUUAAAAGAGCCGUUGUGGUUUGUUGCUUUGCAGGGUACUGCUCCCUCUGCUGAGAAAUUCGCUGUGAAGGCUUCUUUCUCAUCUGCCUUGUCUUCUGUUUUGUCAUCUGUCUUGUUUCUUCUGCCUUCUUUCUUCUUUUUUUUGUCUUGUUUCUUCUGUCUAGUCUUCUGUCUUGUUUCUUCUGUCUUGUCUUCUGUCUUGUUUCUUCUGUCUUGUCUUCUGUCUUCUUUCUUCUGUCUUGUCCAGGUAAAGUAACUGGAACUAACAUUUUUUGUCCUCAGGACAGCUCAGGAGACCAUGUAAGACAAAAGUGAGAUAAGACAAAGAUUGGUUAGCAAGAAAGUCAUAAAACUAUUAGUCUAUAAAUGAUAUGAAACAGAUUCAGAAGCUUAUACUUACUUUCUUCAUCCUCACGAACCAGUAGGAGCUCAGGAGACCAUGUAAGACAAAAGUGAGAUAAGACAAAGAUCGUUUAGCAAGUUAGUCACAGAACUAUUGAUCAAUAAAUAAUAUAAAAAAAGAAAGAUUCAGACGAUUGUACUUACUUUCUUCAUCCUCACGAACCAGUAGGCGCUCAGGACACCAUGUAAGACAAAAGUGAGAUAAGACAAAGAUCGGUUAGCAAGUUAGUCAUAGAACUAUUGAUCAAUAAAUAAUAUAAAAAAAGAAAGAUUCAGACGAUUGUACUUACUUUCUUCAUCCUCACGAACCAGUAGGCGCUCAGGACACCAUGUAAGACAAAAGUGAGAUAAGACAAAGAUCGUUAGCAAGUUAGUCAUAGAACUAUUGAUCAAUAAAUGAUAUAAAAAAAGAAAGAUUCAGACGAUUGUACUUACUUUCUUCAUCCUCACGAACCAGUAGGAGCUCAGGAGACCAUGUAAGACAAAGGUGAGAUAGACAAAGAUCGGUUAGCAAGUUAGUCAUAGAACUAUUGAUCAAUAAAUGAUAUAAAAAGAAAGAUUCAGACGAUUGUACUACUUUCUUCAUCCUCACGAACCAGUAGAGCUAUGUAAACAGAUUCAGAAGAUUGUACUUACUUUCUUCAUCCUCACGAACCAGUAGGAGCUCAGGAGACCAUGUAAGACAAAAGUGAGAUAAGACAAAGAUCGUUUAGCAAGUUAGUCACAGAACUAUUGAUCAAUAAAUAAUAUAAAAAAAGAAAGAUUCAGACGAUUGUACUUACUUUCUUCAUCCUCACGAACCAGUAGGCGCUCAGGACACCAUGUAAGACAAAAGUGAGAUAAGACAAAGAUCGUUUAGCAAGUUAGUCAUAGAACUAUUGAUCAAUAAAUGAUAUAAAAAAAGAAAGAUUCAGACGAUUGUACUUACUUUCUUCAUCCUCACGAACCAGUAGGAGCUCAGGAGACCAUGUAAGACAAAGGUGAGAUACGACAAAGAUCGGUUAGCAAGUUAGUCAUAGAACUAUUGAUCAAUAAAUGAUAUAAAAAAAGAAAGAUUCAGACGAUUGUACUUACUUUCUUCAUCCUCACGAACCAGUAGGAGCUCAGGAGACCAUGUAAGACAAAGGUGAGAUAAGACAAAGAUCGGUUAGCAAGAAAGUCAUAGAAAUACUAUUCAAUAAAUAAUAUAAAACAGAUUCAGAAGAUUGUACUUACUUUCUUCAGCCUCACGAACCAGUAGGAGCUCAGGAGACCAUGUAAGACAAAAGUGAGAUAAGACAAAGAUCGGUUAGCAAGAAAGUCAUAAAACUAUUGAUCAAUAAAUAAUAUAAAACAGAUUCAGAAGCUUGUACUUACUUUCUUCAUCCUCACGAACCAGUAGGCGCUCAGGACACCAUGUAAGACAAAAGUGAGAUAAGACAAAGAUCGGUUAGCAAGUUAGUCAUAGAACUAUUGAUCAAUAAAUAAUAUAAAAAAAGAAAGAUUCAGACGAUUGUACUUACUUUCUUCAUCCUCACGAACCAGUAGGCGCUCAGGACACCAUGUAAGACAAAAGUGAGAUAAGACAAAGAUCGGUUAGCAAGUUAGUCAUAGAACUAUUGAUCAAUAAAUGAUAUAAAAAAAGAAAGAUUCAGACGAUUGUACUUACUUUCUUCAUCCUCACGAACCAGUAGGAGCUCAGGAGACCAUGUAAGACAAAGGUGAGAUAAGACAAAGAUCGGUUAGCAAGAAAGUCAUAGAAAUACUAUUCAAUAAAUAAUAUAAAACAGAUUCAGAAGAUUGUACUUACUUUCUUCAGCCUCACGAACCAGUAGGAGCUCAGGAGACCAUGUAAGACAAAGGUGAGAUAAGACAAAGAUCGGUUAGCAAGUUAGUCAUAGAAAUACUAUUCAAUAAAUAAUAUAAAACAGAUUCAGAAGAUUGUACUUACUUUCUUCAGCCUCACGAACCAGUAGGAGCUCAGGACACCAUGUAAGACAAAAGUGAGAUAAGACAAAGAUCGGUUAGCAAGAAAGUCAUAAAACUAUUGAUCAAUAAAUAAUAUAAAACAGAUUCAGAAGCUUGUACUUACUUUCUUCAUCCUCACGAACCAGUAGGCGCUCAGGACACCAUGUAAGACAAAAGUGAGAUAAGACAAAGAUCGGUUAGCAAGUUAGUCAUAGAACUAUUGAUCAAUAAAUAAUAUAAAAAAAGAAAGAUUCAGACGAUUGUACUUACUUUCUUCAUCCUCACGAACCAGUAGGCGCUCAGGACACCAUGUAAGACAAAAGUGAGAUAAGACAAAGAUCGGUUAGCAAGUUAGUCAUAGAACUAUUGAUCAAUAAAUAAUAUAAAACAGAUUCAGAAGAUUGUACUUACUUUCUUCAGCCUCACGAACCAGUAGGAGCUCAGGAGACCAUGUAAGACAAAAGUGAGAUAAGACAAAGAUCGGUUAGCAAGAAAGUCAUAGAAAUACUAUUCAAUAAAUAAUAUAAAACAGAUUCAGAAGCUUGUACUUACUUUCUUCAUCCUCACGAACCAGUAGGCGCUCAGGACACCAUGUAAGACAAAAGUGAGAUAAGACAAAGAUCGGUUAGCAAGUUAGUCAUAGAACUAUUGAUCAAUAAAUAAUAUAAAACAGAUUCAGACGAUUGUACUUACUUUCUUCAGCCUCACGAACCAGUAGGCGCUCAGGACACCAUGUAAGACAAAAGUGAGAUAAGACAAAGAUCGGUUUAGCAAGUUAGUCAUAGAACUAUUGAUCAAUAAAUGAUAUAAAAAAAGAAAGAUUCAGACGAUUGUACUUACUUUCUUCAUCCUCACGAACCAGUAGGAGCUCAGGAGACCAUGUAAGACAAAGGUGAGAUAAGACAAAGAUCGGUUAGCAAGAAAGUCAUAGAAAUACUAUUCAAUAAAUAAUAUAAAACAGAUUCAGAAGAUUGUACUUACUUUCUUCAGCCUCACGAACCAGUAGGAGCUCAGGAGACCAUGUAAGACAAAAGUGAGAUAAGACAAAGAUCGGUUAGCAAGAAAGUCAUAAAACUAUUGAUCAAUAAAUAAUAUAAAACAGAUUCAGAAGCUUGUACUUACUUUCUUCAUCCUCACGAACCAGUAGGCGCUCAGGACACCAUGUAAGACAAAAGUGAGAUAAGACAAAGAUCGGUUAGCAAGUUAGUCAUAGAACUAUUGAUCAAUAAAUAAUAUAAAAAAAGAAAGAUUCAGACGAUUGUACUUACUUUCUUCAUCCUCACGAACCAGUAGGCGCUCAGGACACCAUGUAAGACAAAAGUGAUAUAAGACAAAGAUCGUUUAGCAAGUUAGUCAUAGAACUAUUGAUCAAUAAAUGAUAUAAAAAAAGAAAGAUUCAGACGAUUGUACUUACUUUCUUCAUCCUCACGAACCAGUAGGAGCUCAGGAGACCAUGUAAGACAAAGGUGAGAUACGACAAAGAUCGGUUAGCAAGUUAGUCAUAGAACUAUUGAUCAAUAAAUGAUAUAAAAAAAGAAAGAUUCAGACGAUUGUACUUACUUUCUUCAUCCUCACGAACCAGUAGGAGCUCAGGAGACCAUGUAAGACAAAGGUGAGAUAAGACAAAGAUCGGUUAGCAAGAAAGUCAUAGAAAUACUAUUCAAUAAAUAAUAUAAAACAGAUUCAGAAGAUUGUACUUACUUUCUUCAGCCUCACGAACCAGUAGGAGCUCAGGAGACCAUGUAAGACAAAAGUGAGAUAAGACAAAGAUCGGUUAGCAAGAAAGUCAUAAAACUAUUGAUCAAUAAAUAAUAUAAAACAGAUUCAGAAGCUUGUACUUACUUUCUUCAUCCUCACGAACCAGUAGGCGCUCAGGACACCAUGUAAGACAAAAGUGAGAUAAGACAAAGAUCGGUUAGCAAGUUAGUCAUAGAACUAUUGAUCAAUAAAUAAUAUAAAAAAAGAAAGAUUCAGACGAUUGUACUUACUUUCUUCAUCCUCACGAACCAGUAGGCGCUCAGGACACCAUGUAAGACAAAAGUGAGAUAAGACAAAGAUCGGUUAGCAAGUUAGUCAUAGAACUAUUGAUCAAUAAAUGAUAUAAAAAAAGAAAGAUUCAGACGAUUGUACUUACUUUCUUCAUCCUCACGAACCAGUAGGAGCUCAGGAGACCAUGUAAGACAAAGGUGAGAUAAGACAAAGAUCGGUUAGCAAGAAAGUCAUAGAAAUACUAUUCAAUAAAUAAUAUAAAACAGAUUCAGACGAUUGUACUUACUUUCUUCAGCCUCACGAACCAGUAGGAGCUCAGGAGACCAUGUAAGACAAAAGUGAGAUAAGACAAAGAUCGGUUAGCAAGAAAGUCAUAAAACUAUUGAUCAAUAAAUAAUAUAAAACAGAUUCAGAAGCUUGUACUUACUUUCUUCAUCCUCACGAACCAGUAGGCGCUCAGGACACCAUGUAAGACAAAAGUGAGAUAAGACAAAGAUCGGUUAGCAAGUUAGUCAUAGAACUAUUGAUCAAUAAAUAAUAUAAAAAGAAAGAUUCAGACGAUUGUACUUACUUUCUUCAUCCUCACGAACCAGUAGGCGCUCAGGACACCAUGUAAGACAAAAGUGAGAUAAGACAAAGAUCGGUUAGCAAGUUAGUCAUAGAACUAUUGAUCAAUAAAUGAUAUAAAAAAAGAAAGAUUCAGACGAUUGUACUUACUUUCUUCAUCCUCACGAACCAGUAGGAGCUCAGGAGACCAUGUAAGACAAAGGUGAGAUACGACAAAGAUCGGUUAGCAAGUUAGUCAUAGAACUAUUGAUCAAUAAAUGAUAUAAAAAAGAAAGAUUCAGACGAUUGUACUUACUUUCUUCAUCCUCACGAACCAGUAGGAGCUCAGGAGACCAUGUAAGACAAAGGUGAGAUAAGACAAAGAUCGGUUAGCAAGAAAGUCAUAGAAAUACUAUUCAAUAAAUAAUAUAAAACAGAUUCAGAAGAUUGUACUUACUUUCUUCAGCCUCACGAACCAGUAGGAGCUCAGGACACCAUGUAAGACAAAAGUGAGAUAAGACAAAGAUCGGUUAGCAAGUUAGUCAUAGAACUAUUGAUCAAUAAAUAAUAUAAAACAGAUUCAGAAGCUUGUACUUACUUUCUUCAUCCUCACGAACCAGUAGGCGCUCAGGACACCAUGUAAGACAAAAGUGAGAUAAGACAAAGAUCGGUUAGCAAGUUAGUCAUAGAACUAUUGAUCAAUAAAUGAUAUAAAAAAAGAAAGAUUCAGACGAUUGUACUUACUUUCUUCAUCCUCACGAACCAGUAGGAGCUCAGGAGACCAUGUAAGACAAAGGUGAGAUAAGACAAAGAUCGGUUAGCAAGAAAGUCAUAGAAAUACUAUUCAAUAAAUAAUAUAAAACAGAUUCAGAAGAUUGUACUUACUUUCUUCAGCCUCACGAACCAGUAGGAGCUCAGGACACCAUGUAAGACAAAGGUGAGAUAAGACAAAGAUCGGUUAGCAAGUUAGUCAUAGAAAUCAUAAAACUAUUCAACAAAUAAUAUAAAACAGAUUCAGAAGAUUGUACUUACUUUCUUCAGCCUCACGAACCAAUAGGAGCUCAGGACACCAUGUAAGACAAAGGUGAGAUAAGACAAAGAUCGGUUAGCAAGUUAGUCAUAGAAAUGCUAUUCAAUAAAUAAUAUAAAACAGAUUCAGAAGAUUGUACUUACUUUCUUCAUCCUCACGAACCAGUAGGAGCUCAGGACACCAUGUAAGACAAAAGUGAGAUAAGACAAAGAUCGGUUAGCAAGAAAGUCAUAAACUAUUGAUCAAUAAAUAAUAUAAAAAGAUUCAGAGAUUGUACUUACUUUCUUCAUCCUCACGAACCAGUAGGCGCUCAGGACACCAUGUAAGACAAAAGUGAGAUAAGACAAAGAUCGGUUAGCAAGUUAGUCAUAGAACUAUUGAUCAAUAAAUGAUAUAAAAAAAGAAAGAUUCAGACGAUUGUACUUACUUUCUUCAUCCUCACGAACCAGUAGGAGCUCAGGAGACCAUGUAAGACAAAAGUGAGAUAAGACAAAGAUCGGUUAGCAAGAAAGUCAUAGAACUACUAUUCAAUAAAUAAUACAAAACAAGAUUCAGAAGAUUGUACUUACUUUCUUCAGCCUCACGAACCAGUAGGAGCUCAGGAGACCAUGUAAGACAAAAGUGAGAUAAGACAAAGAUCGGUUAGCAAGAAAGUCAUAAAACUAUUGAUCAAUAAAUAAUAUAAAACAGAUUCAGAAGAUUGUACUUACUUUCUUCAUCCUCACGAACCAGUAGGAGCUCAGGACACCAUGUAAGACAAAGGUGAGAUAAGACAAAGAUCGGUUAGCAAGUUAGUCAUAGAACUAUUGAUCAAUAAAUAAUAUAAAAAAAGAAAGAUUCAGACGAUUGUACUUACUUUCUUCAUCCUCACGAACCAGUAGGCGCUCAGGACACCAUGUAAGACAAAAGUGAUAUAAGACAAAGAUCGUUUAGCAAGUUAGUCAUAGAAAUACUAUUCAAUAAAUAAUAUAAAACAGAUUCAGAAGAUUGUACUUACUUUCUUCAUCCUCACGAACCAGUAGGAGCUCAGGAGACCAUGUAAGACAAAGGUGAGAUACGACAAAGAUCGGUUAGCAAGUUAGUCAUAGAACUAUUGAUCAAUAAAUGAUAUAAAAAAAGAAAGAUUCAGACGAUUGUACUUACUUUCUUCAUCCUCACGAACCAGUAGGAGCUCAGGAGACCAUGUAAGACAAAGGUGAGAUAAGACAAAGAUCGGUUAGCAAGAAAGUCAUAGAAAUACUAUUCAAUAAAUAAUAUAAAACAGAUUCAGAAGCUUGUACUUACUUUCUUCAUCCUCACGAACCAGUAGGCGCUCAGGACACCAUGUAAGACAAAAGUGAGAUAAGACAAAGAUCGGUUAGCAAGAAAGUCAUAAAACUAUUGAUCAAUAAAUAAUAUAAAACAGAUUCAGAAGCUUGUACUUACUUUCUUCAUCCUCAUCACGAACCAGUAGGCGCUCAGGACACCAUGUAAGACAAAAGUGAGAUAAGACAAAGAUCGGUUAGCAAGUUAGUCAUAGAACUAUUGAUCAAUAAAUGAUAUAAAAAAAGAAAGAUUCAGACGAUUGUACUUACUUUCUUCAUCCUCACGAACCAGUAGGAGCUCAGGAGACCAUGUAAGACAAAGGUGAGAUAAGACAAAGAUCGGUUAGCAAGAAAGUCAUAGAAAUACUAUUCAAUAAAUAAUAUAAAACAGAUUCAGAAGAUUGUACUUACUUUCUUCAGCCUCACGAACCAGUAGGAGCUCAGGACACCAUGUAAGACAAAGGUGAGAUAAGACAAAGAUCGGUUAGCAAGUUAGUCAUAGAAAUACUAUUCAAUAAAUAAUAUAAAACAGAUUCAGAAGAUUGUACUUACUUUCUUCAGCCUCACGAACCAGUAGGAGCUCAGGACACCAUGUAAGACAAAGGUGAGAUAAGACAAAGAUCGGUUAGCAAGAAAGUCAAGAAAAUAUUGAUCAAUAAAUGAUAUUAAAAAAAAAGAUUCAGAAGCUUGUACUUACUUUCUUCAGCCUCGGUGUCCUGGAGAAGUAAGACACAGAUCGGUUAGUGAGAAAGUCAUGAAACCAUUAUUCAAUAAAUAAAAUUGAUAUUAAGUUAUAUUUGGUCUGAAUCAAAUGCUUAAACUUUUGUGUGUGUCGAGGCACACAGCCGCUCAGGUGGGAGAGAGACAAUGAUAUUGAAGUGUAAGUAAAACAGUCAAAACCUCUUUGAAUUAUAGUGACAACAAUAUAGGACAAAAUGACAGCAACAACAUAAAUUGAACAAAGAUGAGCAGAUAGGAAGUUAGAAUUUUAUCACUGAAUACCAAAUGUGAGAGUCUACAGUCACUGGUUUGGGGGCUGUUCUUUAAAUUUCAUAAAAAAAUGUCAUUUUAACGAGUUAAAACUUAAACAUAAAUAAUUCAAUCCAUAAUAUGAAAGAAAUCAAAAAGCUUGUACUUACUUUUUUCGGCCUCAGUGUCCUAAAAGAAAAACUGGUUAGUAUGAAAGUCUUUUUACUAUUUUGUGAUAAAUAAUAUUGAUAUUUGAUCUGAUUCUAAAACUUUUACCUAAUUUCUUCGUCCAUAUUGCAUGAAAGAGAGGAAGAGAAAUCAGAGAUAGGAGGAGAGAAUGCAGGAGGAGAAGGGGAAGAGGAAGCAGAGGAAUCAGAGGUAAAAUUAGGAGGUGAGAAAUAAGAGAAAUCAGAGGAGGAGAAAUCAGAGGGAGGAGAAGGAGCGAAAUGAGUGAAAUCAAAAGAGGAGGAAAUAGAGGGAGAAUGAAGAGGGGAGAAAUCAGAGGAGGAGACAUUAGAGAAAUCAGAGGAGGAGAAAUCAGAGAAAUCAGGGGAGAAUACAGGAGGAAAAGCAGAAAAAGAAAAAGGAGGAUAAUAAGGAAAAGGAGCAGGGGCAAAAGCAGGAUGAGGGGCAUACCAGAACAUAGGAGGAGCAGGGGGAAAAGCAGGAUGAGGGGGGAACCAGAACAUAGGAGGAGGAGCAGGGGCAAAAGCAGGAGGAGGGACAUAACAAAAAACAGGAGGAGGAGCAGGGCAGGGGCAAAGGCGGGGGAGGGACGUACCAGAACACAGGAGGAGGAGCAGGGGUAAUAGCAGGAGGAGGGACAUAACAGAAAACAGGAGGAGGAGCAGGGCAGGGGCAAAGGCGGGGGAGGGACGUACUAGAACACAGGAGGAGGAGCAGGGGUAAAAGUUGGAGGAGGGACACAACAGAAAACAGGAGGAGGAGCAGGGCAGGGGCAAAGGCGGGGGAGGGACGUACCAGAACACAGGAGGAGGAGCAGGGGUAAAAGCAGGAGGAGGGACAUAACAAAAAACAGGAGGAGGAGCAGGGCAGGGGCAAAGGCGGGGGAGGGACGUACCAGAACACAGGAGGAGGAGCAGGGGUAAAAGUUGGAGGAGGGACACAACAGAAAACAGGAGGAGGAGCAGGGCAGGGGCAAAGGCGGGGGAGGGACAAACCAGAACACAGGAGGAGGAGCUGGGGUAAAAGCAGGAGAAGGGACACAACAGAAAACAGGAGGAGGAGCAGGGCAGGGGCAAAGGCGGGGGAGAGACGUACUAGAACACAGGAGGAGGAGCAGGGGUAAAAGUUGGAGGAGGGACAAAACAGAAAACAGGAGGAGGAGCAGGGCAGGGGCAAAGGCGGGGGAGGGACAAACCAGAACACAGGAGGAGGAGCAGGGGUAAAAGCAGGAGAAGGGACACAACAGAAAACAGGAGGAGGAGCAGGGCAGGGGCAAAGGCGGGGGAGAGACGUACUAGAACACAGGAGGAGGAGCAGGGGUAAAAGUUGGAGGAGGGACACAACAGAAAACAGGAGGAGGAGCAGGGCAGGGGCAAAGGCGGGGGAGGGACGUACCAGAACACAGGAGGAGGAGCAGGGGUAAAAGCAGGAGGAGGGACAUAACAAAAAACAGGAGGAGGAGCAGGGCAGGGGCAAAGGCGGGGGAGGGACGUACCAGAACACAGGAGGAGGAGCAGGGGUAAAAGUUGGAGGAGGGACACAACAGAAAACAGGAGGAGGAGCAGGGCAGGGGCAAAGGCGGGGGAGGGACGUACUAGAACACAGGAGGAGGAGCAGGGGUAAAAGUUGGAGGAGGGACACAACAGAAAACAGGAGGAGGAGCAGGGCAGGGGCAAAGGCGGGGGAGGGACGUACCAGAACACAGGAGGAGGAGCAGGGGUAAAAGCAGGAGGAGGGACAUAACAAAAAACAGGAGGAGGAGCAGGGCAGGGGCAAAGGCGGGGGAGGGACGUACCAGAACACAGGAGGAGGAGCAGGGGUAAAAGUUGGAGGAGGGACACAACAGAAAACAGGAGGAGGAGCAGGGGCAGGGGCAAACGCAGGAGGAGGGACGAACCAGAACAUAGGCGGAGGAGUGGGUUGAAAAGCAGGAGGAGGAGCGGGGGGGGGGGGGGGGGUGGGGGCAAAGGAAUCAGAGGAAAAACGAGGAGGUGAGAAAUAAGGAAAAGAGAAUAAGCAGAGAAUGAGCUUAAAUGGAAGCAGGAGCAAAGAGACAGAGAUGGGCACUCCUAAUCAGCCAACCUUGAUCUCCUUGGUGCAGGCACCUCCUCCUCAUCACUGUCCUCCCUUUGCCGCCGCCUUCGCCUGACAGUUGAUGCAGGAGAAGGCGCAGGGGAGGAACCAUGAAGAGGAGGAGAGAGAUAAGGAAUAGUCGUGGAAGUGGAAUAAGAGGGAGAGGCAACAGAGGAAGAGCAAUCAGAGGAGGAGGAAUCAGAGGAGGAGACAUAAAAGGAAUCAGAGGAAUCAGAGGAGGAGGAAUCAGAGGAGGAGACAUAAAAGGAAUCAGAGGAAUCAGAGGAGGAAGAAUCAGAGGAGGAGACAUAAAAGGAAUCAGAGGAAUCAGAGGAGGAGGAAUCAGAGGAGGAGACAUAAAAGGAAUCAGAGGAAUCAGAGGAGGAGGAAUCAGAGGAGGAGGAAUCAGAGGAGAAAAGAUCGAAGGGAAGAAGAAGAAGAACACAGAAAACAGGAGGAGGAGGAGGAGGAGCAGGAUCAUGGGCAAAUGCAGGAUCGGGGGCGUACCAGAACAUAGGAGGAUGAGCAGGGGGAAAAGCAGGAGGAGGGCCAUAAAAGAAUUCAGGAGGAGGACCAGGGGGAAAAGCAGGUGGAGGGCCAUUCAAGAAUUCAGGAGGAGGAGCAGGGGGAAAAGCCGGAGGAGGGGCGUGCUGGAACAUGGAAGGAGGAGCUGGGGGAAAAGAAGGAAGAGGGCCAUAUAAGAAUUCAGGAGGAGGAGCAGGGGGAAAAGCCGGAGGAGGGGCGUGCUGGAACAUAGGAGGAGGAGCUGGGGGAAAAGCCGGAGGAGGGUCGUGCCAGAACAUAGGAGGAGGAGCUGGGGGAAAAGCCGGAGGAGGGUCGUGCCAGAACAUAGGAGGAGGAGCUGGGGGAAAAGCCGGAGGAGGGUCGUGCCGGAACAUAGGAGGAGGAGCUGGGGGAAAAGCCGGAGGAGGGUCGUGCCGGAACAUAGGAGGAGGAGCUGGGAGAAAAGCAGGAGGAGGGCCAUAUAAGAAUUCAGGAGGAGGAGCAGCAGGAGCAGCAGGAGCAGCGGCAGGAGCAGCGAGCGGGAGGUUACCACCUGAGGGAGGAAAAGUAUCAAAGGGUGAAAGUCUGUGCAUCCAUAAAAGAGAAUGAGGGAUCAUGAGGCUUACAGGAUCGUUCAUGGUAUUUCGCUGUUUGAUUUUUUAUGACCACUUAUCAGCAAUAACUGCAGUUAAGAUACAGAUUUAUUCCACAGUGUUUUUGUAUGGGAGUAUCUGAGUUUAUAUAUUACUGCCGGUCAGCAUGGUGUCACUUCACUUCAUUUCACUUCACUUCACUUAAACUUUGUCAUGCCCCAAAAAUGGGCAAAUCGGGUUGCAGCAGGCACAGACAUUUAAAACACUGCCAUACAUCAUAAAAAUAAAUAAAUAAAAUAAAAUACAUCUACAUACAAAACAGUUCAGGAGGUAAAAAGUGUUACAAAUGAUUUAUAAGGUAAAAAGAAAAGCAUAUGUCAGUCAUACCAGUACUUCUGCAUGAACAGAGUGCAUAAGAUAAAAUGCAGAAACAAAGUGCAAUGUGCAGCUUGCUUACCAAUAUAGGACCCCUAGAUGAAGCUUGAUCUAUAAUAAUAAUAAUAAUAAUAAUAAUAAUAAUAAUAUUCACUUUACCAAGUCUGCUCUCUGUCAGUGUAGUGGCCAGCCGCAUUGCCAGACAGAUUUCACUGGGGCACGUGCCCCAGUAUUGAUCUGCAGUGCCCCAGUAAAAAUUUCACCAAUAAAAAAAAAAAUCACUUGAGAGUUUUAAGUCUACAUAGCAUAGACUACAGCACACAUACUACUUAGCAGUGGCGAUUGCUCUAAGACUGCAAGGGAAGCUCAGCUUCCCUCAAAAUGUCACCCCCCAAAAAAAGAAAAAGUGGUGAAAUACGUACUGCUGUGUGUACAUUUCAUUAACUAAAUACGCACUAGAAAGCCUUCAUCUUUUGUUCAGACACUGUGAUAAGAAGCUGAUAAUCACAGGUAACCGGCAUAACUUCGUUCUCAUUCAUCCUCGCAGCGCCUCAGCGCUUUAAACAGCCGGACGCUGGGCUUCUGCUGACUUCAAUGUGGAAGCUCAAAGUGGGUUGUUCCAGCAGCGAAACUAGACGCUCAUUGGAUAAAUGCUGGGCUUUGUACCGCCCAUCGGACGCUCGGCGUCUCUGGAGUUCUAUGGCGAGAGGGCGGUCCCGACUUUCUCCCGGACUCCGAGCUUCUGCAUCCAUGAUUGGAUGAGCUGUCUGAGGCAAAAUCCUUUUUUGAUUGACAGCUAAACAAGAGAAUCAGCGAUCUCGAAGAAUAAAACAUCUACCAGAGCAUUUUCCAAGUUAUUCAUUCCAUUGUUCUUAACUGCUCCGGAGACUUUACCGAUCCUCAGCGACUUUUGUCUUUCUUAAUAACGACUGCUGUUGUGUUUGGCGACUCUGUUCUGUUACAUAUUAAUAAACAAAUACAAUUAUGAUGUAGGCCAGAAAAAUGAGCUUCCCCUCCUUGAAAGACCAGCAGCCGCCACUGCUACUUUGUGUGGUAAUUCAUUGCUACUGUAUUCACUCCACAUAAACAAUUCGCACAUGGCUAAUUAAUAUGGUAAUUUAUUCACGUAUAGCGACUUCGACUGAUAAUACUUCCAUGUCAACUUAAAGUCGAGAGAGCGAGAGAGAGUGAGAGAAAGAGUGGGAUAGAUAGAGGGAGAGAGAGAGGCGAUGAGAAUCACUGCGUGAGGUAGGUAACGUUAGCCAACACCAACUUGUUAAAUAUAUUAUUUGGAUUUUGAUUUGACUCGAACUGUAACUCCUAGAUGGAUAUCAGAAAAUUAUUCGCCCACAGCAGGGAUAAAGCAGCAAGGAAUGAGAGAGGUAAGUGAAAUCCUAGCUAGCCAGGCAACAUAAGUCUGUCUUAAGUUAACGCUGGGUUAGCUAACAUUAUUCCUUUUAUCAAGACAACCAUAUUAAUUUGCUGUAUGAGCUGUGGGGGGAAUUUCCAAUGAGUUUCAUCAGCAUGAAACAUAAUGUUGGUUAUGAUUUGACCCAUGAAGGGCGAUUUGUUGUGUAACAGAUAAGAUCAUAGCGUACAUAAAGACAGACAUACAGGACAUAUUACAGUAUACAGUACAUCAGCCGGACAGUUAAAAACUCAUUCGGUGCACUGAGUGCACAGAUCAAGGUGCCAGGAGUGAGGACACAACUUGUAAAGGAGGUCGGUAAUAAUAAAUAAGUAAAAGGCACUGAUCAGCAUAUAUACUAGGGAUGUCACGAUCUCGAUUUUUGAUCGAAAUCGAUCGAAAUUACGUCAUGGCCUCGAUCAUUGAAAUUACAUAGAGGAUCAGCAUUCCCCCCUCAACCCUCCCCCCAGGUUAAAAAACAAAAACACGUGACCGCGCUAACUUGUGGCUGCAGCUUAUCACACCAUGGCGACAAGUACAGAUAAAAAAUGCCGCUCCUGCUUCUCUUAAAUCACCGGUGUGGAAAUAUUUUGCAUUCCCGGUGAGUUAUGUCGACAGCGUUCGCGUUACACAGUGUGUAAACUAUGUUAUGUGCGUGUACCAUACCCGGCCACGGGAAACACAACGAACAUGGCAGGACACAUUCGCCGACAUCAUAAAGAUAUUGAUUUGACAACGGGGAAAACACCAUCACUGGUCCAGUCAACACUUCCAAUUUCACUUGGAAUAAAACUUCCACAAACCUCACCUCACGCUAAAGCCAUAACAAAGGCUAUAGGGCUAUUUAUAGCAGCAGACCUGCAGCCUUUUUCGGUGGUAGAAAACGCUGGAUUUAACCAUCUAAUUAGCGUACUGGAGCCACGCUACGCCAUACCUAGCAGGUCAUAUCUUUCAUCAAAAGUGUUGCCCUCCAUGUAUGAUGACGUUAAAGGAAAAGUUGCAGGGGGUCUGAGGAGAGCAGAGCAAGUUGCCUUAACAACAGAUGGCUGGACCUCCAGAGCAACGGUGAGCAACAGUUGUCUUGUCUGGCCAAUGGUCAUACAUAUGUAAAUAGUUGAUAUUUUGAUAACUCAAAGAGCAUCUCUCUCUCCAGAUAGAGAUAACAUAUCUUUGUUAAGGAAAAAACUUGAAAGAAGAAAGUAAAAAUGACAGUUGUCAUUCUCAGGGGAUAGAAAUUCUAAAAUACUUGAUUAUUAUAUGUUUUUUUAAUUGUUCAACUGUUAGAGUGUAGUUUGUUGAGGCUAAUUGUUCAUGACUUUGGACAUGACUGUUAUAUUUUUAUUUAUUUAUUUUGUUUUGUUGCACAUUGUUUUUUUAUUAGUCCACACACUGCUUUAAUCAAUAACAGUCAAUAGAUGGCAGCAAAGCAUCCUCUAUGACUUUCAUUUUUGCUAUUAUUUUUGUUAUAUUUGUUUUUGAUGUUUUCCAUGUUACUGACAACAUUGUAACCUCAAUAUUGUUAAUAAAUUAUUUAAAAUUGACCAUUAAUGCCUAAUGUGAUACAUUACACAAGAAUAAUGGCAAUUGCAUCACUUAUGUAUAGCCCCUCUUUUGAAAUAAGGUACAAAAUGUAAUGAAUAAACCACUAAUCGUAGACUAGACUAGUCUAAAAAUGGCAUAGGUUUCUGCUUUAAGCAGAAGGAAAUUUAUUUAUUUUUUUAAAAUUGAGGAUCGAAUCGAACCAUGACCCUAAAAUCGAAAAUGCAAUCGAACCGAGGAUUUGGAGAAUCGUGACACCCCUAAUAUAUACAGUGACCUAUGCAAGUAGAAAAGAGUCAUAGGCUCUGAAAGCUUUGGCUAAGAUAAUCUUGUUUUGUCACCAGAAAAAUGGCUACAGCUAACGCAUCUGAUUUUGUUGCCAGAAAAAAUAGUAAAAGUUCUGUAUUUGGGUCAAUGACGUAUAAGGUUUUUCAACAAUGCCAAUUCAUAUAGAUGAAUUGCCUGUGGCCUUAAAAAAUGUCAUGUGGUGCGACCAUCAUUUAUCUCAAAAUUAUUACAUUUUUUCAACAUACUCCAUAGUUUUUUACAAAUUGUCGGUAAUAUCAAGAACAUAGGAACAAAGCUUUUGCAUUUUAUUUGAGUUUUUGUAAAUAAUGAUCUCAUAUAUUAGCUCUAUAAUGUCACAGUCGCUAUAUCAAAUGUAGUUCACUGACUAUUUUUUCUUUAAAUUGCAUAAUACUGAUAAAAAUGUUUUGAAACUACCUUUCAUGUAAGCAUAUUGUAUCAGGUAUUAAUGUCUCAGUUACAGAAAUUAGAUAUUUUAGUUUGUAUUUGAUAUAAUUAAUGUUAUUAUUGGUCGCACCACAUGAUUGGUGGUCACGCCAAAUGACCUGAAGACCUUGUAUCAUUAAAAAUCAAUUUAAAGAGACCCAUGAACAAUUAAUUUCAUGCAAAUUUUAUAUUAUAACCAAAUUUUAUUACUAUUUCAAACAUGAACACAAACAUUUUAUUUCCCUUUUUUAAAAAAAUUUAACUCUGUGUGUGUGUGUGUGUGUAUGUGGGUCAAUGACGUGACGCCUCAAUAUUCUGUCCGGCUGUAUUUUCUUUAUGUUACAAAGAGUUUUAAAUGUAAAAAAAUAUACUAUCUAUGAGUAGUAUCUCUCUAAUAUAUGGAGCCACUUCAACUUUUCAAAAAUCAGGAGUUUUUUGUAAUUUUUCUGAACUUCAAAGGGUCAAAAUAUCAUGUGGUGCGACCGUCCGGCCAUGACUUCUGUUUUGAAAACUUCUUUGAAAUUACUCUAAAUCUAUUACAAUUUGGUUUCUGCAAUAUUCGGCAUAAUUUUGAAAGUGUUUUUUAUUCCUGUACAAAAUUGCAAAGCUUUUGCUGUUACAUUUUUUUCAUAAUAUUCAAACGAAUUUUGUCCGAUCGUGUCCAUUUCAUUAAAUAUCAUGUGGUGCGACCAUCAAAAAAUGACCAUUUUUGACACUUUUAUGCUGAAAUUUACUCAAGGACAGGAUGUUGGAUCAUUCACCAUUUUGUCGUAGAGCUAUGGAAGCAGAAAGAGGGUUGGUGGUUCUCUCAUUUCUUUUAAGAAAAAAAGACCUUUUCAACUGCUGUAAUGGUGUUUGCACUUUUCGAUGUCAUGUGGUAUGACCUCAAAAAAAACAAUUAAUUUAAGUUAUUUCCACAAAUAAGUAUUUUAAUUAUAAAUUUCAUAGUGACCUUUUGUGGGAAGCUAGUGAGGUUUGUUUAUGUGACUAAUCCUGUAUCAGUAAGAUUUGACAUUUGAAAUGUCAUGCGGUGCGACCAGUUAUCAUGUGGUGCGACCACUGCAGAUUGUUUUCCAUAAUAAAUAUAUGCCCUCGAUUGGCAGUAUUUAUGCUUUUUACAUUCAAUUGAUGAUUGAUAAACACUAAGUACUUAAUUUUUUGUAUUAUUUUGAUUUUUUUUUGUUAUUUGAUGAGUCAUUUUGCUAAUAUAUCUGAGAUAAUGGUUAGUUCAUCUCUGUACAAAAUAAGAAAAAAAAUAUUAAAAGCAUGCCAUUUCACUUAAGGUAUUUAUGCCGUUGUUAGCAAUUUAUUAACUUUCAUGUAUCAAUUUAAGUCAUUUUAAUUUAUUUUACCAGAUGCCACUGCCGAGCAAAGUUAAAAGCGCUUGCUAUAGGCAGCGUGUCAACUCUGACCCUGCAGCAUGUUGUUCAUGCAAGGACUGGUCAAAGAUUGGGCCAAGAUUGUUGACAUCGCUGCACGGAUGGUGAGAGGAGCGCUUCGCCGAGAGCGUUAUAUUCAUGAUCGUUCAAAUCCAUUUGAUUUACCUGAUGACGUUCUCUAUGAACGUUACAGGUUUUCCUCGGUUGGCCUCAAUAGUCAGGUAACAUGAAUUCGAAGCAAGCUCCAAGUUUCAUGCGGCAUAUCAGUCAUCAUUUAGAAUUUAUUGAAGCAGAUUAGAAAACUCCUCUUAACCCCAAAUGUGUCUGCAGAUGACAUGUGACCAUCAGAUGAUGGAGAAAAAAGAAAAAAAAGGCAGUGUGAGGAAAUCACUGUUUACGUGUUGAAAUAUGUACAAAUAAAAUCUUCCAGUAAACCUACAAACUACUUAAAAGGAUGUUUUUUAUUUAUUUUUAUUUGCUCCCACGUACUCUUUUCCCCACUGCUGUUGUAUCUGAAAUAAUGAGGUCAAUGAUGGAGGUGAUCACACACGCUGCAUGACAACAUAUUAGGGGGCCAUAAAUUUAUGAACUCACAAAUGUAAUUUACACAAUCGAUGAUUUUUGUUGCCAGCAGUCCCUCCGGCUUUCAGCGGCUGCAGCAGUCCUGCUCCUCACUGAUAUAAUGUUGCGGUACUCCUCGUAUUAGCGUAAAACGAUGCUCGGUUCCUGGGCUGUGAUAUAUGACGUGCAGCCUUCUCCAUUGUGGAGAUUGGUCCGGUGGCACUGACCCCGCCCCCUUUACGUGUGCGCGCACAGAUCUAGACUGACCACGACUGAAUUUAGUUAGCUAGUUAAUAUCCUGCCUCGUAGUACACCUGAUCGGGAUUAUGGAGAUCUGGUGAAGUUGAACGAGCUGUGGCAGAGUUAUCCUGGGUGUGUUAAUCCAGCUUCGUAGUGCAGGCCUCUGGACCACAUACACACACACACACACAGUUAAAUUUUUGUCAAAAAGGGAAAUAAAAUGUUCGUGUUCAUGUUUGAAAUGUUAAUAAAAUUUGGUUUGAAUAUAAAAUUUGCAUGAAAUUAAUUGUUCAUAGGUCUCUUUAAAUUGAUUUUUAAUGAUACAAGGUCUUCAGGUCAUUUGGCGCGACCACCAAUCAUGUGGUGCGACCAAUAAUAACAUUAAUUAUAUCAAAUACAAACUAAAAUAUCUAAUUUCUGUAACUGAGACAUUAAUACCUGAUACAAUAUGCUUACAUGAGAGGUAGUUUCAAAACAUUUUUAUCAGUAUUAUGCAAUUUAAAGAAAAAAAUAGUCAGUAAACUACAUUUGAUAUAGCGACUGUGACAUUAUAGAGCUAAUAUAUGAGAUCAUUAUUUACAAAAACUCAAAUAAAAUGCAAAAGCUUUGUUCCUAUGUUCUUGAUAUUACCGACAAUUUGUAAAAAACUAUAGAGUAUGUUGAAAAUAUGUAAUAAUUUUGAGAUAAAUGAUGGUCGCACCACAUGACAUUUUUUAAGGCCACGGGCAAUUCAUCUAUAUGAAAAAACACUAAAAUUGGCUAAUUUAAAAAUUAAACUUUAAUUUUUGUAUACAUAACAUCCUUAGUGUUUGAACUGUUGCAAAAGAUAUUCUUAUUUUUGGUAUUUUAAAAUUGGCAUGUUGAAAAACCUUAUACGUCAUUGACCCAUGUAUGUGGUCCAGAGGCCUGCACUUUGAAGCUGGAUUAACACACCCAGGAUAACUCUGCCACAACUCGCUCAACUUCACCAGAUCUCCGUAAUCCUGAUCAGAUGUACUACGAGGCAGGAUAUCAACCCGCUAACGAAAUGCAGUUGUGGUCAGUCUAGAUCUGUGCGCACACACGUAAAGGGGGUGGGGUCAGUGCCACCGGACCAAUCUCCACAAUGGAGAAGGCUGUAUGUCAUAUUUCACAGCCGAGGAACAGAGCAUUGUUUUACGCUAAUACAAGGAGUACCGCAACAUUAUAUCAGUGAGGAGCAGGACAGCGGCAGCUGCUAAAAGCCGGAGGGACUGCUGACAAAAAAAAUCAUCGAUUGUGUAAAUUACAUUUGUGCGUUCAUAAAUUUAUGGCCCCCUAAUAUGUUGUCAUGCAGCGUGUGUGAUAACCACCAUCAUUGACCUCAUUAUUUCAGAUACAACAGCAGUGGGGAAAAGAGUACGUGGGAGCAAUAAAAAUAAAUCUAAAAACAUCCGUCAAAGUGGCUUGCUGGUUUACUGGAAGAUUUUAUUUGUACAUAUUAUAACGCGUAAACAGUGAUUUCCUCACACUGCCUUUUUUCCUUUUUCUCCAUCAUCUGACGGUCACAUGUCAUCUGCAGACACAUUUGGGGUUAAGAGGAGUUUUCUAAUCUGCUUCAAUAAAUUCUAAAUGAUGACUGAUAUGCCGCAUGAAACUUGAACUUGGAGCUUGGCAAAUGUUAGUGUAUUGCUUUGACUUCAUGUUACCUGACUAUUGAGGCCGUCCGAGGAAAACCUGCAACGUUCAUAGAGCACGUCAUCAGGUAAAUCUAACGGAUUUGAACGAUCAUGAAUAUAAGGCUCUCGGCGAAGCGCUCCUCUCACCAUCCAUGCAGCGAUGUCAACAAUCUUGGCCCAAUCUUUGGCCAGCCCUGGCAUGAACAACAUGCUGCAGGGUCAGAGUUGACACGCUGCCUAUAGCGAACGCUUUUAACUUUGCUCGGCAGUGGCAUCUGGUCAAAUAAAUUAAAAUGACUUAAAUUGAUACAUGAAAUUUAAUAAAUUGCUAACAACGGCAUAAAUACCUUAAGUGACAUGGCAUGCUUUUAAUAUUUUUUUUCUUAUUUUGUACAGAGAUGAACUAACCAUUAUUUUCAGAAAUGUUAGCAAAAUGACUCAUCAAAUAACAAAAAAAAAAAUCAAAAUAAUACUAAAAAUUAAGUACUUAGUAUUUAUCAGUCAUCAAUUGAAUAUAAAAAGUGUAAAUACUGCCAAUCUAGGGCAUAUAUUUAUGAUGGAAAACAAUCUGCAGUGGUCGCACCACAUGAUAACUGGUCGCACCGCAUGACAUUUUCAAGUUCAGUCAAAUCUUACUGAUACAGGAUUAGUCACAUAAACAAAGCUCACUAGCUUCCCACAAAAGGUCACUAUGAAAUUUAUAAUUAAAAUACUUAUUUGUGGAAAUAACUUAAAUUAAUUGUUUUUGUUUUUUUUUGAGGUCAUACCACAUGACAUCGAAAAGUGGCAACACCAUUACAGCAGUUGAAAAGGUCUUUUUUUUUUAAAGAGAACCACCAACCCUCUUUCUGCUUCCAUAGCUCUACAACAAAAUGGUGAAUGAUGCAACAUCCUGUCCUUGAGUAAAUUUCAGCAUAAAAGUGUCAAAAAUGGUCAUUUUUUGAUGGUCGCACCACAUGAUAUUUAAUGAAAUUGACACGAUCGGACAAAAUUCGUUUGAAUAUUAUGGAAAAAAUAUAACUGCAAAAGCUUUGCAAUUUUGUUCAGGAAUAAAAACACUUUCAAAAUUAUGCCGAAUAUUGCAGAAACUAAAUUGUAAUAGAUUUAGAGUAAUUUCAAAGAAGUUUUCAAAACAGAAGUCAUGGCUGGACGGUCGCACCACAUGAUAUUUUGACCCUUUGAAGUUCCGAAAAAUUACAAAAAACUCCUGAUUUUUGAAAAGUUGAAGUGGCUCCAUAUAUUAGAGAGAUACUACUCAUAGAUAGUAUAUUUUUUUACAUUUAAAACUCUUUGUAACAUAAAGAAAAUACAGCCGGACAGAAUAUUGAGGCGUCACGUCAUUGACCCAUUUGUCACCGGAAACAUGGCUAAAAAUAUCAGGUUUUGUUGCCUCAAUUAGAUUUUUUUUUAACAACAUAGUCUGAUAUGAUUGAAUAGUUUAAAGAACUAUUUAUGUCUUUUUAAGAUAAAUAAAUGCUGAAUAUGUUUGUUUUUUCUUUGUGCCCCAGGUGUGCCCCAGUACAUUUUUAGGUCUAGUGACACCCCUGGUAGUGGCAGAAAUAAUAGCUACCACACAAUCAAUUAUUAAUACUUUGAGUAUCCUUUAGAAUUAGAAAUUCCUUUUUGUCUUUUACUCAAAGACGCACAGUGCCUGCAUAACACUACAUCUCAACACUUAAAUACAUGUCUAUCUAUUAUUUAAACAGACUUCAUAUCAUUUAAAUAACCUAACCAUUACUGCCAAGGCAUAAUUAAUGAGCUUUGCAAGGCGCAUUCCACCUAAUUCAGGUCCGCUCCUCACAGUUUCAAUAUCUCCAAGUUACGAACAAAAACAGCGUUUUUUAAACAUUUGAAAGAAGUGGCGUCGCAUUCGAAAAUAACAGUUAAGUGGCCCAGGCACCAUCUUUGAUAAUGUUAUUUCUAGGGUUAAUUUUUUAAAUUGAAGUCUUUACACCGAAACACACGUGAAAAUAAAAGAUCUUUCACAUUAACACACCUCAAUCUAUAAGUUUUAACAAUUUCCGCAAGAAAAAUUAGACAUUUCUGACAUUAAAACGUGGUUUUGGGUCAAGCUAGCUUGGGGUUCCCACAACUGGUUAAUUACACUUCAAAUAACUGUCGGUUUUUACUCUUUAAUCCUACUUGAUAGAGAACAACUUUAUCUAACAUCAUUUAACGUGUAAAUAUGAGAGAAAAUUGAGGAUUUUAAUAAGAAAUUUUAAAGCUGUCUUACCUGUCUCCCUGGACAGGGUGCGCUCAUCCCCGCGUCCCUCGCCGACCAUCUUCCGUUAACUUCGGACUCGCAGGUGCUUUUCCUUGGCGGCUUUAAUGGUUUUUCCUUCUCGGUCGUUCUUCUCAGGUGUUUUUUCUUCUUCUCGGUGUGUCCGGGCGUUUGUAUUCCACUUGAAGUUAGCUUUUCCAAAUCGCAGGUCUCUAAAAGUUCUCUCUUCAAAGUUGCUUGCAAAUCGGCCACAGGUCUAGUGCGUUAUGAUUUGAAAAUAUGAAACAUUCCAAAUCUAUAGGCAACCACGAGCGCGUCACCGCCCUGUUACCAUGGCUGCCCGUGACACGCGAGCGUGAGCGAUAGUAUAUGCAGUACAAAUGCGAUGGCAUAAACAAUUUAUUUUCAUUGUUGACUUUUAUCACAGUUUUUCUAUUUCAUUGAAAUCCAGCCUCUGAGCAUGAAGAUAACGUUUGUUUCAGUGAAAACAUUUUUAUUUAUACGUUGUUUUUUAGUCCACGGACCGGAUUUAAAGAGUUCUGAUUUACCUGAGCAAGAUAUACCUUUAACAGGGGUGUCAAACUCAACCACAGCAAGGGCCAUAAUCUGGAUUUAGGUCUAACCAGAGGGCCAAACAGGGUCAACAUUUCACCAAAACUGUCAACCUCCUUUUAAAAAAAUAUGCAAAACAAAAACAGCAAUCAUGAUAAAUCAUUUGGAAAUUCAAAAAAGAUUUAAAAAAAACUUUAGAUCGAAUCUGAGCUGGAAAAAAAUAUUUUAUUUUAAUUUUUUGAUUGUAUUUUUUUUGUAUUACUUCAAAAGAUCAGAGCAUGAUAUUUAAAAAAUAGAAAAAUAAUGCAUUUAAAGAGCAAAUACAUGAGGAGAACGUUAAAAUCUGGUAUAAUAUGACUUAAAAAAAAUAUGAUUUAAAAUCGAAAGCAUGAAAUAGAAAAUCCAAUCAUAUUUGACCUGUAAGCUUGAAAUGCAUAAUUGAAAACAUGAAUGAAACACCAAACACCCCCCCCCCCCCCCACACACACACACACACACACACACAUUCUUGACUAUUUAUCAAAUCUUCCUUACUCUUUAAUUUCCUAAACUUUUGUGGUUUAUCAAGGAUAUUUUAAUUAAUAGUGCUAAAGUUUACAUUAUCAUACUGGAGGAAAUCCAGUAAUAAAUAAAUAUUACAAAUAUGAGCUGAUCUUGUGGGCCAGAUACAAUUGUUCCACGGGCCAGAUUUGGCCCCCAGGCCUUGAGUUUGACACCUGUGCUUUAGUACAAGUUAUCUGAAGUCAGACUCUCAUACUGAGACAGUUUCUGUGCUCAUCCAUUUUCUCCCCCUGAAUUUACUUUUAGUCUGUAGCUAUUUAAAUUUAUAAAAAUUGUCCUGAGAUUAAUAUUUGAUAAUAACCUUAAAAUAGGACGUUUAUGCACGCGUUAAAAAGGGCACUACCCACCUUUAACAGAGGGAAAAUAAAGAAAAACAAAUGUUGAAUUUACAAAUUAAACAUUUAAUCAAUCUUUAUUCAGUUUUAAAUCCAUCCCAUAGAGAUAGAGAGUGAAUAUGCUCUAAAAUAUUAACCUACAUUAACUUUGCUGUAGAGAUUUUGGAUGAAUUUAGGAUUAAUCCAAUUAGUGAUAGUUUGAAUCAUGAAACCAUGAGACAGCAUCAGCCCUGUUUGGAGCUCUGGAGGUUUGCAUACUUAAGUGAGUCUGGUCCUUGGAGAGGAUGAAGCAGGUUCUCAGAGGAUGCAGGCCUGUGGUUUGUGAGGUUCGGCUCAGCAGAGGACCAAAGUCAAUCUGUCAUAUAUGAAGGUAAACAGAAAUCAAAAAAUAACUUGAACACCUGAUAAAUCCUGCCUUUACGAAGGUCAAGUUCAGAAAUUUGAGAUGAAACUAUGAUUGCUGCUUGUUUUAAAGCUUUUCUGUAUGAAACUUCAGUGAGUUUGUUUAUUCAGUUAGUGUGAGCUUUAUUUCAUUCACAUCUGAGAAAAAAACACAAGCUUUACAAUUGUAUGCAGGACUGUUGUUGUAAUACUGGAUUAGUUUAAGCACGGAGUAAUAAAUGAACUGGGUGGGAACUACUAUCUAUCAGACCAUCUAGUUCAAGGAACCUCUUUAGAAAUACCUCAAAUGUUUUCUAUCAGCUACCUUGGGUAUCUGAUCAUCAUCCAUGCACAGGUUUUCCAGAACAACAGUUUCCUCCAUCACUGUCCUCGCACUAGCUGGAUCAGACGUGGAGGUACCUGAGGUGACAACAAUCUUCAUCACCUGGAUGGUGUUCUGUACUUCUGGCAUAAGUGAGCUAAAUUCACAUGUUAGAACUUUAAAUUCAUUAUACCUUCAAACAAAAGCACCACAAGUAGGAGAGAGUGGGGUAAGAUGAGCCAUUUUUAAUAUGUUGAAUCACUACAUCAAGUCAAUCAUAGUUUUGUCUCUAACUAGUGAAUCUGCAUAUAUUUCAAGAUGUGCAUCCCUGCAAACCAACAGAAUGAGUGUAAACAUAACUGUCUUGAUAGUAUAGCAUGCCAAAAACAGUGCUCUCCUUUGGUCAACUUACCCCGUGUAUGGUGUAAGUUGACCAUAGGAGCGGGGCAAGUUGAGCCGUAUCCCUACUACCCCCCACUAUCCACCCCAGCCCUCCCUCACCUUCUCUCUCCCUAAAUAACAGUCACUUCUUCAUAUUCAUGUAUAUUUUUAUCUAUUAUAUGCUAUGAUUCUUACUGCCGAUAUGUCAAAGCUCCGCAACCGUUAUGUGGCUUCUGCUGUGCAAUGUGCACUGAGCAUCCUGAAUGUGUUACAUUUUGAGAUUAACAACCAUAUGUGGCACCCUGAACAUCAUUCAUCAGUCAUUCAUUGGUAUUAUUUGUAUGGUUGCAUUGUUAUUAUUUAUGUUAUUACCUAGGCCACCCCCUUAAAUGUAUAAAGACAUGUCAGGUGCAUUAAAUUUAUUCUGUAGUAGGAGUGUGAAUGAUCAACAAUCAAUAUUAUUGGCAGAAAUAGAGGGCCCUAAAAUCAAAUUUUGUUCAGGGCCCCAUUGAGGCUUGGGCCGGCUCUGAACUUACCUCUGGCCAAAUGGCUCAACUUACCCCAGAAUUAGUAAUAUGACUUUAUUAGUCCUCUAAGCUAAAAUGGUGGACUUUUAUGUUAGGUUUUUGACCUCAUGUUGUAGCUCAUAGAUACCACAAUUGAUGUAUAAAAGUAAUUUAAAAUGAUCUUUUUUGGUCUGAACACAAUUCUAAUAAAACUUAUGACAGACUAAAUUCACUUUCAAGAGUAAAAAAUGUUAUAGUGGAACUGCAGAGUGGAGAGAAAGAAGAGUGGAAUGGAAAGAAAAAAAAUGGUCAGGUGGAAAGAAAGUAGGAGACAAAAAAAAUGUUAUGUUUGUUAUAGCCUAUAAUCUGCUCUGAAUCUGUUGUGUUCCACAAAUUAGUUUUAUAACUUCGAGAAAAUGCUUGGUGUUGGUGUAUAGUGAAAAGAUUGGAGAGUGGAGAGAGAGAAUAGUGAGGUAGAGAGAAGGGAUAUUUUUGAAUUAUUAGCUAAUAAAGAACAAAGUUCUUUAUUAGCCCUUUAUCUGUUGUGUUUUACAAAUUGGUCCGAGAACUUGUGAUGCUUGGUGAUUUCUUUUCAUAUGACUACCUUUUAGUUUUGUAAAUAUCGAUUAUUGUGUCUUUCCUUUAAAUUGAAACUUAGGGGAGACCAGGGCUUGUUGUCACACUUUUUACACUCUUGUAUAUUUCUUGCAAUCAAUACAUCAUAUAUAAACAAAAUGUGUACCAGAUGAAAGACCAAAGUCUCAGGUAUAUAUCAGGUAUAUAUUUUGUAUACUCAGUGUAGAGUUAUGUGCAAUCAAAUAGAGAGUGUGAACAUGUGACAUGUUGCCCCACCAUCGGGUGAGUCUUUACCCAGCUCCGUUUGGCACAGACGCAAGAUCUGAACAAAUGUGAACUAGCUGCUUUAGCCCGCCCCUCCCCAUUUUUUUCUUAAAACGAAAGCACUCAGCCACUCUGAAGAUUCACGGUAGACGAGAGAGCAGCGCCUCAUGUAAUUUGGAGGGAAACCAUCUUUACAGUAAGUUUAACUUUUUACGUUAGUACAGCCAUGCGCAGAUAGUCGUGCUCUUUGUUUAGAGCUCUUUGUCUUGUACUGCACUUUACUUUUUUGUUGUCGUUUAAAGCGAUCAGGUGAGCUGGGUUAUAUCUGAACAGCCCACGCCAGGAUGUAAAGACUUAAAGAGGGUUGAGUCAAGAAUGACAUUUUCGUCUUGUCUAAAGAAAUGUUCAUAACUUCGAGCAACUUGGUUGAUAUCAUUUUUGGUGUGAUGCCCAAUAAGUCCGCAGACACGGAGGAUGAAAAAAAAGAUGGAGUUGGACAAAAAUGAAGAUUGUGGCGUCUUUUUUUUCCUUACUAUGUAAUCGUGAUUUGAUUUAAUUUUCAAUAAAAUUAGUCAUAUCCAUAGCGUUUAGAUAUGCAAUGCAAGCUUUCUAGUAUUGUAUCCAAGAGAAAAACUCAACUCUUAGCAAAAAUAAUGAAAAGGGGAAGAUUUUCUCUAAUGACUUUCAUUAUGUGUUUGUUUCCAAGAUGAAUAUUAUAAGCUGAACAGCAAGCUAGUCGGUCUCUGUGUCAUAAUUAACAAUGAGACCUUUGAAGAUGGGGAUGUGAGAUUGCGAACUGAAAAAGAUGCUGGUACGGUACACAAAAGAUAGACUCGUUUUUUUCUCUUCAUGGGUGCUAGACUAUAAAGAGUAGAGACUAACUUUUUAAGGACAUUUCUUACAGCAAGUCUUGGAGAGGUGUUCAGCUGGCUGGGCUUCAGGGUGCUGAUGUGUAAAGACCGAACUGAAUCCCAGAUGUAUCAGGCUCUGGAACACUUUGCCUCUGACCUCUCAGACCCCACUCAGCUGCAGCAGUUAGAUGUCCAGGAGUGGUCUGGUAAGAGUUUCGCUACUCUCCAGGGAGCUGUCAGGCAUGGUGAUGCAUUCAUCUGCUGUAUUCUGAGUCACGGCAGUAGAGGUAAAGUCUUCGGAACUGAUGGGAAGCCUCUUCCUAUCAAAAAAAUUACUAAAGCUUUCAGGGGGACCGACCAGUCACCUCUCACUGGAAAACCCAAAGUGUUCCUGAUCCAGGCCUGCCAGGGAAGUAAGACUCAGAAAGGAGUGUUAUCAAAAUAUCUGCAGGCUGAUGAUGAUCAGCUACUUUACAUCCCUGAAGCAGCUGAUUUUCUUGUGGCAAAGUCCACUGUUGAAGGCUAUGUGUCAUUCAGAAACACAGACACAGGGAGCUGGUUCAUACAGUCUGUGUGUAAGCAGCUACAGGAGGGAUGUCCAAGGUAAUAUACAGCUGAAGUAUUCCUCAUAUCUUUCUUUUCAGGUGAAAGUCGUUUAAGUUUUGGGUAAUUAAAUGUCAAAUCUUUAUUGUGUAUCACCUUUGAUUAAUCAGUAAAGCUAACAAACACAAAGACUUUAAGAAACCCGUUAUGUGACACAGCUCUAAAUGACCAAUUCCACAAGUGACAGUUGACUUUUCAGACUUCACAAGCAAUUAAUUCACCUGCAAAUUAACAUCCCAAUACUGAGAGCAUAUUAAUUUGAUGGCCUACAAGGUAUGUUCAGACAGCAUGAGCAUACUGUCCCCUACAAGAGAGUGUCACUGUUAACCAAAGAUUAACACCUGCUACUGUUGUAUCUUGUCCGUCCGUGAUGUGUAGAUGCAAAAAGAUGCCUCAGGACACUGGCUUGCUUGUGUCAUUAGGCGUCCUUCUGCAUAGAAAUUUAUUACAGAAUCAGAAUCAGAAAGCCCUUUAUUGUCAUUAUACAAGAGUACAAUGAGAUUGGAGAGCUUCUCCAUUUCCAGUGCAAUAGAAUAUAUAUAUAUUAAUAUAUAUGUUAACAUUUCUUAAGUGCAGUGCAAACAGUUCAAUGGUACGGUAAAUAAUUAUUAAGAAAUAUAUAUAUAUAUACAUUUAUAUAUGUGUAUGUGUGUGUGUGUAUAUAUAUAUAUAUAUAUAUAUAUAUAUAUAUAUAUAUAUAUAUAUAUAUAUAUAUACAUGAAUGGACAUGAAUUGCACAAUGGUUGAUAUUUACAGAUGAAUGCAAUAAUUACAUGAUGAUGAUAAUGCAGCAGCAGUGGUAAGUAUAUUGCACUUGUUGCCUCAUGUCUUUGCCUCAUGUACAAAGACAACAACAGUAUCAAAAUAGUACUGCAGAUGCUGGGAGACAACUGCCAAUCAUGUCCAUCUGCCAGAACUCUGUUUCUACUCCUCUUAUAUGGGAUAAAGUGGUGCAGGUCCUCUAUCAUUCCUUUACAAUCUAUUCCGAGGAUUCCUUAGAAACAUUCCUUGACAACAUUAACUUUGCCUCAUAAUGGUUAACUCAUAGACUGUAUGUAGAAUGGACAGCAUCUGCCUCCCUGCUGGGUGAAGCCACUCUGAGAACAGCACCCUCUGUCGAUGGGCUGCAGUAUAGGUCAUAAAUCCCACCUCCGCCAGCAAAGCUUAUGGAGCUGUGGACAAACUUUAGAAAUUAAUUACACAGAACAUAAAUUUUUCUCCCCCCUGCUUGUGAUUUUGACAUGUAGUUACAGUAAGACUGGUUUGUGCUCAAGUCCUCUUUUUUCUGUGAAGCUCCAUUUUUAAAAGUUAUUAGGGGGUUCAUGUUUUCUUUGAUUGACACCUGAUACAGCCUAUGGGCAUUCAGGGAUAUGCUGUUUGAAUGCGCACAACACUACUGUGCAGUGCUGGUUUCAGGAAAUGAAGAAAAAUCGCGGAAACAUCGAGAGCUUUUUGGCUUCAAAUGUGGUGAGACGCCUCCAUCUUGUUUUAUUUUGGCUGGACUUCCUGUGUUUCCUUGUUUGUCUGGUCUGGCUUCACUCUUUUCCAGAGCUUCCUCCCCUCCCCCGGCGCUGAGGCUGAGUGAGACUACACACCUGCUCCACAUCUCCAAUCAAGGCACUUUAAGAAGCCUGCAGCCCUCAGCCUCAGGGCCUGAGUAUUGUCUACCCUUCCUAGCGGUACAGACGUGUCUCCUGGCCUUCCUCGUGGUAUAAUCUUCAGAACUUUGCUCCCAGUGACUAUUUUCAUGUUCAUUAACUCCUGUCUCCUCUGGUGUCUCCUCAGCCAGCCAACCAGCCCUUCGGACUUCCUCUGUUUGCACUAUCUCCCCUUUUUUGGACAUUAAAAGUCUCUUUAAGUUGAUCUCAGUCUCUGUGUCUGCAUCUGGGUCCUCACCACGAACCUGCCUCACAACAUCAAAUCCAUAUACAGGCAGGAGGCGGAACCAAGUUGUCCAUAAUAUAUACAGUCUAUGGGUUAACUCCACACUACCUUUUAACCCCUUCAUGUUUACAGAGCAAAUGAACAAUAAACACUUAUAUAAGAGGAAUUACGCAAAGUUUUAAGUUACAACACCAAAUAUAGAAUCCAAGUAUGUUGCGGUAGACAUCUAACAUUAUGUUAGGGAGCAUAUUAGCCAACACCUUAUAAUUCUACUUUACUCUUGUGAAGACAAUGAAAUAAGUCACUUCCCAGCUAGCUGAAACACUAUCUGGAAAGUGACUUAAUGUUGUUAGCUUAAACUUUAGCUGUUGUCUGAUUUUGGUCUGCAUGCAGUGGUUUUGAAUCAAAACUGUCAAAUUCCACUAAAGGUUUCAUACUUUCACUAUAAAAUCUACAGAGGUGAAAUAACAACAGUUUUAUAUACUCUAUAUUUGUAUGACUAACAGUUUGAAACACAACUGUACAAAAGCAUCUGACCCUCCUACCCUGAGCAUGACACCAGAGGAAAUUGACUGGUCAAGAUAGCCUUAUGCUCUUAAAUAUAAUUUAUAUAACAUAAGAUCCAUAUCCUGUAGUAGGUCCAUAUUCUGUUAACUCAACAGAGAGUACUGAGAUAGUAAUGUGUGGCUUUGUACUGCUGAUUGUUUCAGGGGUGAACACCUCAUCGACGUCCUCCUGAGAGUGAACAGAAAAGUCAGUCAGCAAGAGGGAUCACAAAGUCAACCUGGCACAGUUAAGCAGAUGUCUGAAUUCACAGCCACCACAACCAAGAAACUUGUGCUCUCUCCACAGUGCAAAUGA